AUGAAAUGUAGGUUUGGGUGAAUCGGUCAACUUUGCGUUCUCUCAGUUUCUUCCUUUUCAAAUCCUAAGUUCUGUUUCCCACAUUUGCACAUCAGUUUGUAAGUGUUUAAAAAAACAAGUUCUCAUGAAAAUUCAGCAGCAUUUUGGUGUUCAUUUCUCCUAACGGGCACAUCAUUGUGUGCAGUCUUGCUUCACGUAGUUUUGGAAAGCAAUUUCCUCUUAUUCACUUGCUUCGUACAUCUUCCUCUCUCCACCUUUCUGCCAGCCCCAGUUGAUAGUGGAAAGCUGAUAAACUUGCCAGUGUCAACCAACCCCAGAAAGAUGGUUUAUUUUUACCCCAUCAUCGGGAAUUGGAAAUUCUUUGCCAAGGUGAGCUAAACUCUAUGCAAAGGAGACCUGACUUUUGUGAUGAUGUGUUUUGUACAUACUUGCAGACCUCCUCCAAUGUCUUCAUUAGUGUGCCUAAAUGUGAGUGCUGUAUCCAUGAAUGGUAGGCAUGGGGAUCCAUGCCAGCCUUCUCCCAGCAUCCCCUUAUGCACCUACCCCACAUUGUGUCCCUUAUCAUCCGCACCUUGAACCGGACUUUAUCAAAGUUUCCCCCCGGAAAAUCCAAGUAUGUCCUGUCUGGCAGAUCACCCCAUGUUGUUGUUUAGUCGUGUCCGACUCUUCGUGACCCCAUGGACCAGAGCAUGCCAGGCACGCCUGUCUUCCACUGCCUCCUGCAGUUUGGUCAAACUCAUGCUGGUAGCUUCGAGAACACUGUCCAACCAUCUCAUCCUCUGUGCCCUCUCCUUGUGCCCUCCAUCUUUCCCAACAUCAGGGUCUUUUCCAGGGAGUCUUCUCUUCUCAUGAGGUGUCCAAAGUAUUGGAGCCUCAGCUUCAGGAUCUGUCCUUCCAGUGAGCACUCAGGGCUGAUUUCCUUCAGAAUGGAGAGGUUUGAUCUUCUUGCAGUCCAUGGGACUCUCAAGGGUCUCCUCCAGCACCAUAAUUCAAAAGCAUCCAUUCUUCGGCGGUCAUUGUUCUUUAUGGUCCAGCUCUCACUUCCAUACAUCACUACUGGGAAAACCAUAGCUUUAACUAUAGGGACCUUUGUUGGCAAGGUGAUGUGCUAAUUGACACUCUUGAAGAACUAUAAAAGGGGCAAGGGGUAUUUGUCUCUUCUUUGGCAUCCCACUCAGUAGACAAGGAAAGUGGAGGGUGGAAAGAAAAAGAGAAAGAGAAAGAAAGAGAGAGAAUAGAGUGAUCCCACCCACUACAGGCUCUGGUCAGCAUGCAUCCUCAGAUAGAAAAGAGGCCUCCUUCUCCUGCCACAAACUGCGGAAAUCCGACUCACACACCACUCUGGAUUCUGAGGCUCACAUGUUUACAAACCUGCCUUGAUGAGUAUUAUUGGCUAUGGCUAUCGGGAAAUCUUCAAGCAUAUGCUUGUUUGUUUUUAAAAAGAAGGUUCAGUACCUAAUAGCAGCUGCCAAAAUAUUUUUUGGCACGACUUUGGAAGGACUCUAAAGUGCCAGAUGUUAAAAACACGGUUAAGAUGUGGGAUGUUGUGUGUUUGUGUGUGCGUUUGUGGAGAAAGUAACCAAUUAUAUUAAAUUGAGAGAGGCCAGAAUUUCUACAGAUGCCUGCCAAGUAAAAUGACUCUUGGGUAUAUAGUCUUGGUUCUCUGCUGGGUUGGUGAGUUGGAGAAAUGGGUUGGAGAAAUGAUCCAGAAAUUGGUCUUUGCUUUGUGUUGCCGAAAGACACUUGGACUACUACAGUUCUUGAGAACUCUGCAGAUUAAAGGGCUAGAAAUAACAACAACAACAACAACAACAACAACAACAACAACAAUUGAAGAUGCUGAAUAUUACGGUGACAAGUGUUAUUUUCCACCCUAGCUGUGCAGUACCAAAAUUCACACAUGGCUCUACCUGAACUUUCGAGGUGCAUUGCAUAGGACAGUAUCCCCAUGUCACUUAAAUCUACCCAUAUGGAGUUAAUGCACAGCUACAUCUGGACCACUCCUGUCCCCGUACUGAUGCCAGCAAAAGGGAUGCUGGUGGUGCAGAUGCGGGGAGUGGGAUUCUUCCAUCUGCUUUUUACAAUGGCGAUGUUUAGUACUGCCCAGGUGCUGUGUGCUGUAUUGAUCCCUAUAUACUCCCCUUUUCCCAGCAGCUGCUCCUAGUGCCAUCUGAAUAUUACAAAACUGCCGGUAUAAUGAAACUGGUCCUGGCAUGUUAAGCAAGUAUGUGGAAUUCAUAGAUAAUCUGGAUCUUCUCCUCCUGGUGGUAUUAGGAGCAGUUUUCUUUCUCUGGUGGGCUGCAGCUAGUAGACUCCGUGGAAAAGCACAGGAGGGGAGAGUGUUGUUGUGCAUGUGCUUUUCCUACGGGCAUCUGGUUGGCCACCGUGAGAACAGGAUGCUAGAUGAGAUGGUCUGUUGGCCUGAUCCAGCACAGCUCCUCUUAUGUUCUGAAAAACCAGAAAGAGAUGAUGGGUCAUAUUUUAUACUUAAUGCACCCAGUCUUCAUUUCUGCAACCUGUAUUGGUUUUCUUUCUUCCCCUCAUCUUGAAUGCCUACAAUCUGAUGUACAUGUAUUUUUGUUUAUUCGUUUUAAAAAUAAAUCAUGAUGCGCAGGAGGGGGGUUGGCAUUUCCCUCUACUCUCCCCAGUUCACGCAGUGCAGGUGGAUCAGGGAAAAUUGGGCCAAGAGAUGCUUGCAAAUCCGAGGCAGGACGAAACUUGGGGGAGCCAGCAUGAUUGGACAAACAGACCAAGAGAUUCAUGGACUUGCUUGCCAGCUUGGACUGCCAGCUUAUCAUUCAGCUCCUGUGUCUCUUAGCGUCGGAUUGGAGCACUGAUAAUCCAUCGUAAAGAGCAGUUGCUUUUUUGCAUCACAUGGUUAAAAUGCGACUUGUAAAUAAGCAGUGUGAAUUUAUUUUAUUUUAUUUUUGGUUAUGUGAAGUUGAGGGCAGGGUUGCCUUGAACCGGGUCAUUUCUAUCCAAGCAACGGCAGGGUUAGCCGAGAUGUCUGAGCGAAGAGCUGGCCGUGGCUCCUGCUGGGCAGGGAUCUCUGCUCCACAUGCCCUGCAACUUCCUGUCGGCGCAUAAUCCCCCUUAAUCCUGCUUUGGCUCUGUUAAUUUCCCUCCUUUCCUCUUUUUCCGAUCCGCUUUCUCCGUGGCGGUGCACGGCUUCGCCCUCUUCCUCUGCCGGGCAGGCAGCUGCGGGAGCAGCGGUGGCCUGCCGACCUUCCAGGCUGUCUCCAAAGCGCCUCGUACCAUGCGGCAGGGGCCCUGGGAUGGUGGUGCCUGAAUGUGUCCCAUUCUCUCUGUCUUACAGGCUGUGCAGUCUCCGCCUGAAGAAGCUGACCGUGCUGAGGGAACUGGACAAGGAGCUCAGCUCUGUGCUCAUUGCUGUGAAGAUCCAGGUAAGCCGCUGAUCUCGUGUCCUCAGGUAUCUCUGGUUAUGCGACAGGUGCCUCUCUUUGCCAUCUCGCUCCUACUGCCUCUCCAUCUUCAAGCUGUUACUUCUUUCCAUUGUGCCAGACAUCUAGCCCCUGGCCUUUACAUGGGGGCUACUUCUUGCCUGUUUUCUGCAAGACUUUUUUUAAAAAUAGAGAUGGAGGAAGGGCACCACCCUCCAUGUCUCUGUACAUUGACCUUUGACUUCUAGGAAACAGCGAGUGUGAUAAAUGUGUUGGAGCCGGCAGGCUGCUAUAGAAUGACGAGAUUGUUUAGGAAGGGCCCAGAAGGGCAAAACGUCUUCCUCCUUUGUGCAAAACUUUGUUUACGAGCUCGUGGACUUCCCUAAAUUGCUCUGCUAUUGCUUCAUUCUUUUUGUUUCGAGAACAUAGCUCAUCUCAUUCACUUUAAGGCAAGGGAGGGCUAUUAUCUCGGACAUGGAAACUCAGAAAGUGGGACCAGCCUUUUGCACCCUGUAAGUCAAGGAUAGGGAGCCUGCAGCCUUCCAGCGGUUGUGGGACUCCAACUCCCAUUUGUGCCAGCCAGCCUGGUCAAUGGUAAGGGAUGAUUGGGGUUAGAGUCCAGGAACAGCUGGAUUGACAGGUUUCCAUCUUUCCCCUAGCUUCCUAUGUUCUAGGAGUUAAAUAGAAGUCUAGGGUCUGUUUGGAUCUGGGUUUGUGGUCUGUCCUCCCUGGUAUGGCUGUAUCUUGUUGAUUUCCAGUCCCUCAGCUGGGGAAAAACCCUCCACAGCUUUAUUUUCUUAGCAUCUGUCAAACAAAGAUUUACCAAAAAAUAUAUAAAUUGAACAACCAAAUGAAUGGAAUUAAGCGCGCCAACAGAAUUAUGCAGAUUCAUGCGACCCAUUUCUGUCUCAAAACUCAGAGCAGAGUUCUGCAACAGGAAACCAGUCCCCAUCAGGCCGUCUUGCCAGGAAUCGCUGGGAUUGUGGCCUCGUUGUGCUCCAGGGUAGGCACCCGCAGAGCACAAAUCUCCCUAUCUUGGGCCUGCCUCAAAUGCUGGACCGAGGGACCGCCUCGUAAAGCAAAGAAGCCAUCUCGUAAAUGAGACAAACUGCCGUUUUUAAUGAAAUAUUUGCCUAUCGCAAGGGAGGCCUUGCAUUUUGAACUUUGGAAAUGCUGUCAGGGGCGCUUCAGCCUUCUGUGUUUUCUGCUUUUCUUGGAUCCCUUCCACCUGGGGAUUUUGAAUGUGCUGUUCUUGUCCCUUGGGGCUCAUAACCUUCUAGGAGUAAAGAAAUAUAUGGCGUGCAUUACAAGGAUAUAUGGGUACAGUCUCUGAAAGGGUAGCUACCCCGCAGCGCCAGAAUGCAGCAGCUAUUUCGUAGCCUUCAAGCAGUUAACACACAAUGGGAUAGAAGGAGGAGCAGGAGGAGAGUUUUUGUUUAAGUAUUUAUUUAACAAUUUUUAUGUACUGCUUGAUUGCAAGAAAACUUUUAAAUUUUUAAGAAAUGUGUUAAAAUUAUCAGUAGAAACAAUUAACACAGGUAUUUGAAAAUCAUAGAAUCAUAGAGUUGGAAGAGACCACAAGGGCCAUCGAGUCCAACCCCCUGCCAAGCAGGAAACACCAUUAGAGCACUCCUGACAUAUGGUUGUCAAGCCUCUGCUUGACAAUGUUCAGGAAUGAUUUAAAUUAACAGUAGCGAAAAAGAAAUAAAGGGCCUGUAACUUGUACGUGUCUCGGAGGCUUUCCUAAAGAAAAGUGCUUUGUGCGGGCAGCAGAAAAAGUUCAGCGCCUGCCUCAUGUCAAUAGGCAAGGAGUUCCAAAGUUAGAUGAGUGGGGGUAUAAGUAAUACAUCAUCAUCAUCAUCAUCAUCAUCAUCAUUUAUUAUUUAUACCCCGCCCAUCUGGCUGGGUUUCCCCAGCCACUCUGGGCGGCUUCCAACACAAUAUUAAAAUACAGUAAUCAUCAUCAUUCUGCAGAAGGUAUUGAAUAAGAACUUUCCUAAAUGGGGCGCCAGAAGUAAAAAGAUCAGCCUACUUUGCAUCUUAUAGUUUUGAGACAUGUACUUGCCUAUGUGCUUAAAACUGAAAUGUUUGAAUGAGCAAGCAUGUAUUUAAGCAGACACAUGUCAUAACACACCAGCCUUCCCCAACCAACUACCCUUUAGGUGUUGCUGGAUGACAACUCUCAUCGGACCCAGCUGGCAUAGCCAAUAGUGAGGGGAGUUGUCAUCCCAACAGCAUCUGAAGGGCACUAAGGGACAGCUGAUAUAGGCAAAAUCCAGGGAGCCACAGGUGUAUGAAGCUCCCUGUCGAGUGCACGCUUGGUGACAAACCUAAAUUUGUGGCUAGAAUUUCUAGCGGUGCUUGGAGUACAGGGGGCGGCAGAGUGGCCCCUUCUCCUUUUCUGACAGCUCCUUAGCUCUCGUUUUUAGAAGACUAUAUUGGGCACUGUUUGGCUAAAGUUGAGGACAAUCAGGGCAUGUGAUGGUGAUGUCAUGAACUUCUUUGCCCUCCCCUUCUAAAAUGCAUGCAUUGUUCGUAGGAAGGAGGGGGAAAUCUCCUGGAUCUCUCUAAUAAUGAUUUGGGCCCAGGUAGUAGAUAGUUAUUGUAAUAAUAGCCCUUUUGAGCAGGGUGGGUGGGUGCGUGGGCAGAAGGUGGGUCUCGGUCUACUGCUAGAUUUCUGGGCAUUGUGCAAAAGAUCAGCAAAGAUCUCUUUAAUGUUCCCAACGAAAUGAUCACUCCCAUCCCCUUCAACGUAGACUGCUGAAAUGAAGGAAACUUGAGCUAACCAGGCAUGGUUGCUGCCUUUUUCUGUGGAAGCCCAGUGAGCUCAGACCAGUAAAUCCCUGUGCUAGCAGCAUCCUGCUAUUUAAUUUAAAAUGUGAGGCUUUUGCACCAGGCCCCAGUUGUUGGAUCUCUGGGUUUUAGAGAAACACAGAGUAGAUCCUGCAAGCCUGAAAUCUGCCCGCCCCUGCCACAGAAGAGCUUUUCGGAAAAGCUGCCUUAUACCGGAACCACUCAUUGUCCAUUGAGUCUAGUGUUGUCAGCUCUGACUGGCAGGAGCUCCCCAGGUUCUCAGGACAUUGUAUCUCCUUCCACCCAAUCCUUCCCCCGCCCCCAGUGUCACCCACUGAGCUGCAGCUCCCUCCCUUUCUUGCACACCUGUUGGCAAAUCCUUUCAUGUUGAAGAGGACUUGCGGUCUGUUCUGAAAGGCCCCCCAUCCCCAAGUCUUCCCAGACUUCCACUCUUCCCUUUCUAGUGAAUGUGUCAAGAGAAGGAUGGUUGUAUUGAAAGAAGAAAGUGGGAGAGCUCAGUCAGUAGAGCAUGAGGUUGAUGAUCUCAUGGUUAUGGGUUCAAGCCCCAUGUUGGGCACAAAAGGGGUUGGACUAGAUGAUCCUUGUGGUCCCUGCCAACUCUACGGUCCUAUGAUUCUAUAUUGCUGAGCAGACAUAUUUGGAUCCUUACCUCAGUACGCAGCAAGUCUCUGUCCUCCUCCUCCUCUAGCCAAGUUUUGUUUUGUUUUGUUUAUUUAAUUGCUUACUUAUUUUGUAAACCACUUGCUCAGAAAAUAAAUUCUCUAAGCAAUGUAUAAGUCCAUGUUUAUGUGUGUGUGUAUACACCAAAUACAGUGGUACCUCGGGUUACAUACGCUUCAGGUUACAUACGCUUCAGGUUACAGUCUCCGCUAACCCAGAAAUAGUACCUCAGGUUAAGAACUUUGCUUCAGGAUGAGAACAGAAAUCGUGCUCCGGCGGCGCGGCAGCAGCAGGAGGCCCCAUUAGCUAAAGUGGUGCUUCAGGUUAAGAACAGUUUCAGGUUAAGAACGGACCUCCGGAACGAAUUAAGUACUUAACCCGAGGUACCACUGUAUACAUAAAACCAUAAUUAAAAUCAAUAAAACGUUGGAAACAAAUGUUAGCUAAAUCACUAGGCUUUCUGAAACGGAAAAGUUUCCAGUGGGCACCUAGAAAGCGCAGCGAAGGUGCUGACCGAAUGUCAAUUCCCCCAUCCGCUGACCUUCUCCCUCAUUCUGCAGCAAGCGGAGCAGAGCAAGAUGGGUGCAUAAAUUCCUUUGAUGGAAAUAAAGGCCUCGCCACCCCUCCCUCUCCCAGCUUCCUGGCUGUGCCCUUCUUGUGCUCUUGUCAGCUGUUUCGUAAAGCCGCUGAUGCUCCCGACAGCAGGCAGGGGCGAAGGGCCAGCGAGAGCUUUGCGUCCUGCCCGGGCGUUUCUGUGCACUGCAGUCAUUAGGAUUUAAAUCCGGGAUUAGUAGCCGAAGCUGGUGUGUGUUUUAAAGUCGCCCCGGGGCCUGGUCUUCACAUGCAUAUCGAGGGUUGUCCAAAUGGCAUGUCCGAAUGGGAGCCACAGGGAGGCAUGGUGCGCAGAGAACAGCUGGCCAUGUGAUACCCACACGCCCUGCAUUGGAUGGAGACGUUUCAGAGCCAUGCUUGGAAAUCUAUGUGUUGUGCAUAAGGCCCAGCCUCAAAGAAAACUAGCGAGACUCUAAUAUGGCAGGUUGUGGUGGAGGUUUGUAGGAACAACCAUGUUUAUUGAGUCAAAUUCAGCCGUGAUAUGGGGCAGAAAUUUUUCUAGUGCUUUAUUUUUCUGCAGAAAAUUGGGUGGCCGCUGGCUGCAAAGAAUCAUCAAGCUUGGCAAUUUCAGAGUUUUUAGCUUUGUUUACCAACUACAAGGGUUUUUUUAUCAUACGUGCUAAAUUAGAUCAUUCUCUAGGGCAGGGCUUGGGAACUUGUGGCCCUCCAGAUGUUGUUGACCUACAACUCCCAGCAACCCUGACCAGCAUUGGGAGCUGUAGUUUGGAGGUGGUUGGAGGAUGGAUGGUGGCUAACAGAUUGAGGUUGAAUCCUGACAAGGCAGAAGUACUGUUUUGGGGGGCGGGGGGGAGGGCUCCCUGGUCCUGAAUGGGAUAACUGUGCCCCUAAAGGACCAGGUGCACAGCCUGGGAGUCAUUUUGGACUCACAGCUAUACAUGGGGGCACAGGUCAAUUCUGUAUCCAGGGCAGCUGUCUACCAGCUCCAUCUGGUGUGCAGGCUAAGACCCUUCCUGCCCUUAGACUGUCUCGCCAGAGUGGUGCAUGCUCUAGUUAUCUCCUGCUUGGACUACUGCAACGCACUCUACGUGGGGCUACCUAUGAAGGUGACCCGGAAACCACAACUAAUCCAGAAUGCGGCAGCUAGACUAGUACUGGGAGUGGCCACCGAGACCACAUAGCACCGGUCCUGAAAGACCUACAUUGGCUCCCAGUACGUUUCCGAGCACAAUUCAAAGUGUUGGUGCUGACCUUUAAAGCCCUAAGUGGCCUUGGCCAGAUGGGCGGGGUAUAAAUAAUAAAUUAUUAUUAUUAUUAUUAUUCCCAAAGGAGCGACUCCACCCCCAUUGUUCUGCCCGGACACUAAGGUCCAGCUCCAAGGUCCUUCUGGUGGUUCCCUCCCUGCAACAAGUGAGGUUACAGGGAACCAGGCAGAGGGCCUUCUCAGUUGUGGCACCCACCCUGUGGAACGCCCUCCCAUCAUAUGUCAAGGAAAUACAGUCAUACCUCCGUUUACGUAAACUUGAGGAUGCAUGCCUGACAAACCAGGAAGUAUUUUACCAGGUUUUGCCAUGCGCGCAUGCACAGAAAACGGUCUGCACAUGCGCAGAAACAGUCCUCAGGUUGCAGAAACCUCAGGAUCCUACUGGACCUCCGGAAUGGAUCCCGUCCACAACCAGAGGUACUACUAUAAACAGCUAUCUGACUUUCAGAAGACAUCUGAAGACAAUCCUGUUUAGGGAAGUUUUUAAUGUUGGAUGUUUUAUUGUGUUUUUAAUAUUCAGUUGGGGGCCGCCCAGAGUGGCUGGGGAAACCCAGCCAGAUAGGUGGGGUAUAAAUAAUAAUAAAUUAUUAUUAUUAUUAUUAUUAUUAUUAUUAUUAUCAUCAUCAUCAAUGACAACACCUGGAGGGUCAGAUGUCCUAGAUUAUAGCCAGCAUCAUUUAACAAUGAGGCGUGCUUUUAAUGAUGGAGUGCGGGUUUUUUUUAAGUGGGUUCCACUUAAAAGAAAACUAGGUCACAGUGCGAAAGGGGACACAGGAGUUUGUGGAGGGUGUGAGGGGAAAAUAAAUACUAGAGUGGAUAGAAAGCAUGUCACUUCCUCUCUGCAGUGCCCCAUUACUUCACCUCUCCCCCAGUCUCCUAUAUCACUCCCCUUGCCCCACUCAGAGGCGUAGGAAGGGGUGUGUGGUGGCUGUGGCCUGCCCCGGGUGUCAUGACUGAGGGGGGUGACAAAAUGGCAGGCGAGUGGGCAGCACACCUCACGCUCGGCAGCGGCAGCUCUUUUGACCCGGCGGCAGAGAGCAGCUCUCCACAGCUGUGGCGAGGCGCACCCGGCCGCAGCAGCUCCCUUACCGGCUCAUGUCUGAACUGUGGCGCAUGGGAGGGCACCCUCUGCGCCCCGCGCCCCUUGGGAGUGCGCCCGACCUGGGCAGCACAGGCAUAUGCUCUGCUGCUGUCCCCACUAUCUUUAUGGUCACUCUGCUUUCUGUUCAGCAACCAAUCUAAGCUUUGAGAGGCAUAUACAAAUGAAAGAGGAAGUCUUAGAUGGUGCUCGUCCCACUUCUUCUUUCUUGUCUAUCUUAGGGUUGUCAUAUGUCCGGAAUUUCCCAGUCAUACCCGGAAUAAUGCAGUUGGAAGCAGUGUCCAGACAGACACAAUGGUAAAAUGUCAGGGAAAAUCUGGACAUGGCAGCCGUGUCUUUUGCUGGUUUUCCUUAAACAUAGCUUUAAAAAUUGUCAAUUUUUCUUUUGCUUUUUUGCAAAACAACGCUUGUGUCCGGAUUUUUGAAAUAUGUAUGCCUUAGUAUGUUCUCUUCUCAAGGCUCCGAUCUGCACCUCAGCAAAGAAUAUAAUGCAGUGGCAACAAUGUUAACAAUCCUUAAGUCUUAACUAACAGUUUACAUCAAUGUUAGCCACCAACCUCUCAUAUACGACUCUUUAUAUGUGGUAUAUAAAUCUAUAAAGCAAAACAAACAAUUCUAAGAGAGCAACCUUUAAGCAAAAACGGUCCAAAGCACACCAGCAACAUUGAAGCCAUAAGCACCUCCAUGGGGAGGAAAUUCUACAGCCUGGGGGACAGCACAGAAAAGGCCCUGUCUCUUGCCCCCGCCAGCCAAAUCAGUCUGACAGGCGGGCACGCAAGCGGGGCUUCAAAGGCAGAUUUUAACCUGACAGGUUUGUAAUGGUGUUGGUAAGAAGUUGUCAACCUUUUGGGGGCCCAAAAGAGAAAACACAAAUACAUUUAUUAUACCCACCUAUGAAUUCUUAAAGGCCACCCCCCCCCCCCGGCUGAAAGGUGAGCGAAAUCCUGGAGGAUUUCUGCGGCUGGCUGUAGUGUUGAGCUGGGCUGUCCACAACACUGUUUUCUUUAUAACGUCAUAAACACCCUGCCCUGUGUAUGCCACAGACCCAUGAGAUGUUGGCUUCUACUAAGUCAGCCCUUUGGUCCCCUUAGUUUAGUAUUGUCUACAUCAGGGUAGCCAGCAUGCCUUGUACCCCUCCCCCAGAUGUUUUGGUCUUCAAAUCCCAUGAGCUGUAGUUAGCGUGGUGAAUAGCCAGGGAUGCGGGAAGCUGUAGUCCCAAAUAUAUGGAGGGUAUCAUGUUGCCAACGCCGGUCUGCGGUGACUGACAUCAGCUCUCAAGGGUUUCAGGCAGGGGUCUCUCUCAGUCCUAGCUGGAGAUUUUGGGGGCUUUGCACUGUGGGAAAUUUAAAUGGUGAUGCUAGGAAAUCCAACCACCCAGCUGUGUCUUCUGUUGGUGUGGGUGGGAUACGUGGAUGUUGACAACAGGCCCAGUAUGAACUGUUCCAGAUUUGGACUACUCCAAAAGAAGGGUAAGACUUUCUUCCUGUGCCUGCUGUUCCCUUCUGCGAUUGCAUCUAUAGGAUCCACAGUCUGCAGGUUGCAGCAGAAUGAGAAACUGCUUGGGGUGGUUAUGUGGGUUCCAGUUGUAGCCCUUGGGGUGUGGUUUUUCUGCACGUCUGUAUACAGUCAUACCUCAGGUUAAAGUAGCUUCAGGUUGAGCGUUUUCAGGUUGCGUUCCGCAGCGACCCGGAAGUAACGGAACGGGUUACUUCCGGGUUUCGCCACUUGCGCAGGCGCAGGCGCUCAAAAUGAUGUCACGCGCAUGCGCAGAAGCAGCGAAUCGCAGACCCGCAGACGUGGGUUGCAUUCUGCUCAGGAUGUGAACGGGGCUCCAGAACGGAUCCCGUUCACACCCAGAGGUACCACUCUACAGUGGUACCUCGGGUUAAGUACUUAAUUUGUUCUGGAAGUCCGUUCUUAACCUGAAACUGCUCUUAACCUGAAGCACCACUUUAGCUAAUGGGGCAUCCUGCUGCUGCCGCGCCGCCAGAGCAUGAUUUCUGUUCUCAUCCUGAAGCAAAGUUCUUAAUCCGAGGUACUAUUUCUGGGUUAGCAGAGUCUGUAACCUGAAGCGUAUGUAACCUGAAGCGUAUGUAACCUGAGGUGCCACUGUACUCAGAAUUUUCCGGCGAUAACAAGAACCGAGUGUGUCAGGGCUUGGUUCGUGCUGAAAAUGGGAGUGGGUGGCAAAAAUAGGUUCUGAGAGUCAGAGGCGCUGAAUGUGGGACUAUAUCUGAACUGAGUGCUAAGAAGGCCGUUUAUCUGCCGGCUUAAGUUCUAAUGUUUUAAAACAAUUUAGCUAAUGUCUGUAGCAGCUGUGAUACUAACUGUGUACUCUACUCUUGCCAUCAGUGUAGUAUUUUUCCAUUGUAAAGUUUGAAUGCUGCCACCGUCAGAAGCCUGUGACAGCAAAUGCCAUUGUUAGAGCGGAUGGGAGAAAUGCCAGCGUGAACAUGAAGACUUAUCAGGGUUUUUAUUCCAUUAAAAAUUAAUGGAUUUCUUAAGCAACUCUGCAGACCUCAUCACACUCCUUUUUCAUAGUUUGCAUCUAAUUUUUCAGGACAUGCAAAUCGUAUGGUUCUUAUUAGAGUUUACUUGCAUCAUUUUUGCACCCUGGAUUGCAGCGGCUUUUUAAUGCAGUAAAGAGGAAUGAUUCCUCCCCCCCCCCCCCCUUUCCCCUACCGUUUUGUUUGUGCUUGUGUCUCAAAUGACUGGAGGGAUUUCUUUGAAACCAACCAGAAACAUGUUCAGAAAACAAGAAAACAUAUGCCCCAAAGGGUGAACAUUUCUCAAGACUUUUUAGUAUCUGGGACACACAGCCGCAGAAUGGAAAUGGCUUUGAGAAUGCAUUGUGGAGGCCUUUUGCCAUUCAAAACACUGGCUAGGCUGGAAGUGUCCAGUCCUGAGAGAUGGGAGUGUGUUAGGAAUACAAAUGGGGGCAUCUAGUUGACAGCAAUUCCCCCCCCCAAUGCCGGCUUAAUCAUGUUGCUGUGGCCUGCAGUGCAAUGAUGGCUGGGGUUUGCGUGGCUACCAUCCUAGAAAUCCUGCAAUAUGGCACAAAUGUCCAUACCUCUUUAUUUUAUUUUUUAUUAAUUAAAUUUAUAUCCCGCCCUUCAUCCAAAGAUCUCAGGGCCAUUCACAAGAUAAAAAUACGAAAUAAAAGCACAAUAUAGUUAAAACGAAACAAUAAACCCCCUCCCACAACCACAUUUAAAAGGCCAGGGAAUAUUAAUCAGACAAAGACCUGGUUAAAGAGGAACGUUUUCGCCUGGCGCCUGAAGAUGUAUAAUGAAGGCGCCAGGUGAACCUCCCUGGGGGGAGCAUUUCACAAACGGAGCCACUGCAGAAAAGGCCCCGUUCUCGUGUUGCCGCUCUCCAGACCUCUCAUGGAGGAGGCACACGAACAAGGGCCUCGGGAUGGUCACAGUCAGGAAUGGGGCUGUUUGUGUUCAACAUAUUCUGAUACCUAGGUUGGUGGUGGCGCUGUGGGUUAAACCACAGAGCCUAGGGCUUGCUGAUCAGAAGGUUGGCAGUUUGAAUCCCCCCGUUGCUCGGUCCCUGCUCCUGCCAACCUAGCAGUUCAAAAGCACGUCAAAGUGCAAGUAGAUAAAUAUGCACCACUCCGGCAGGAAGGUAAACGGUGUUUCCGUGCGCUGCUCUGGUUCGCCAGAAGCGGCUUAGUCAUGCUGGCCACAUGACCCGGAAGCUGUAUGCCAGCUCCCUCGGCCAAUAAAGCGAGCUGAGCGCCGCAACCCCAGAGUUGGCCACAACUGGACCUAAUGGGCAGGGGUCCCUUUACCUUUACCUAAGUUGGUGGCAGGGAUGCUAUGGGGAGACUGGCAAGCAGAGGCCUUAACUGAUGUGACUCAUCAUUUGCCCUUUCCGAAAGGAGCUCAGGGUGUGGGGUAUGUGCUUCUCCUCACCACCACCUAUUUUCUUCCCACAAUAACUCUGAGAAGGUGGCAACUGAUCCCAGCUCACUCUGUGAGCUUUAUGGCUAAGGUAAAGGCUGAAUGGGGAUCUUUAAAUCUGGGUGUCUCUAGGCCUAAUCCACCGCUGCAAUCCCACAGCUUCUCUUUUGCUGCACUCCCUGUUUGGGCAUUCAGAGUAACACAGGAGGGUUUAAACUGGGCAGUGGCAAGCAUGCGCCUGCCUGCUCCAUCCUCACCAUCUCAUGUUGAGCAUGAAGGGGGUUGUAAGUGUGUUCGGCUGAACGUUGUUUGUUUGGAGCAUUUGUGCCCCAAUUUGUUCAGCCGAAAAAGUGGCAAAAAAGUGGCAAAAAUGCUACUAAUUCAAAUCUGCAAACUGCAAACUGAUGCAGAAAUGUGGAGAACGGGCUGGCGGAAAACACACAAGAUUGACGGAUUUGCCCCACCCUAGCAAGCACUUGGAUCGACAGCUUCCUCAUCCUCCAGCCUCUUCCAGCCUUUGCAGAAAGGUGGACCUUCUAUAGGAGUGCCUGACAGCUGCCUCUCCCAGCUCCACCACCUGGGCGAGGGUAGACGAUGACGAUGGCAUAGUGAUGAGGAUGGUGGAUGGACCAUGAGCUGAAUUACCUUUGGCCUAAUUUGAAAUGGAGCCACCCCACUUCCUUAUCCCCCAUCCCGCUUUGAGAAUUGGUGGGAGUUGAGUGGAAGGAUGGAACAGCGAGGAGUCUGAAGUAGUCACGGCCUAUGGCAGGAAUGGGAAACCUGUGGCCUUCCAGAUAUUAUUGGAUGAUUCUUCCCAUCACCCCUGACCAUUGACCAUACUGACCAAGGCUGAGCCUCUUGCUUGCUGGAUGUAGGGAGAAGGGGGUGUUAGUGUGUGUAGAAACCAGUCCACUGUACGAAAAUGAAAUCGACAUUGGUUGUCAGUUGCCCAUCACUAGCAUGCUGCCCUCAAAAGAUUGCCCAAAAUGGAAAGUGGCCCUUGAACUGAAAAUGCUUUCCAAUGCCUGUUGUAAGAGUUCAGGACAGUAUAGGGAACCUCCUGGUGGUGCUGGGGUUGUUGUUGUUUAGUCAUUUAGUCGUGUCCGACUCUUCGUGACCCCAUGGACCAGAGCACGCCAGGCACUCCUGUCUCCCACUGCCUCCCGCAGUUUGGUCAAACUCAUGCUGGUAGCUUCGAGAACACUGUCCAACCAUCUCGUCCUCUGUCGUCCCCUUCUCCUUGUGCCCUCCAUCUUUCCCAACAUCAGGGUCUUUUCCAGGGAGUCUUCUCUUCUCAUGAGGUGCCCAAAGUAUUGGAGCCUCAGCUUCACGAUCUGUCCUUCCAGUGAGCACUCAGGGCUGAUUUCCUUCAGAAUGGAGAGGUUUGAUCUUCUUGCAGUCCAUGGGACUCUCAAGAGUUUCCUCCAGCACCAUAAUUCAAAAGCAUCCAUUCUUCGGCGAUCAGCCUUCUUUAUGGUCCAGCUCUCACUUCCAUACAUCACUACUGGGAAAACCAUAGUGUUUUCUAUACGGACCUAAUGAGUAAAACUGAAGUUUGGAGAGCUGCUGUGUUCCUCUCCUGCUUCCUGCCAGGGAGGAGAUAGAAAAGACAGGGAGGCAGAAGCUGAGGCCGGUCCAGGCUCAUUUCCUAUUUGCAUUUGAUUUCCACAGCACAAAAUGCUUCCCGGCAUGAAUAAUUACAGAGGCAGAGGAACAAAAACAACUUGUUAACUCAAUUUGUGGGUGAUUAUUUAGGUGUCACAACCAGCUGUUAAGAGGGUGGGAUAAUAACACCCAAAGAACAGAGAGGGAAUAAAAAUAAGGGCAAGAAAUUAACACAACAAGCCAUUCAGCUGAAAGCAGUGCUACCAAAUUCGCUUUUGAGAAAGCUGAGAUGACCAUGUCAUGUAAUUGAAACAGUGCGGAAACAUUUAUUUCCCAAAUUUUGGGCCAAUUUAUGAAAACAGAUUCAUAUAUUCGGUAAACUGAUGUGCAGUUUGGUCCAAACAAAAGAGGCAUUCCAUAGCUUCACUACCGACACCUCUUCCUUUCAGGUCAGCCUGUAUCUACCACAGCACUGGAAAUGACCCAUAGCUCAGUAGGUAGAGCAUGAGACUCUUAAUCUCGGGGUCAUGGGUUUGAGCCCCACAUUGAGCGAAGGAUUCCUGCAUUGCAAGAGGUUGGACUAGAUGACCCCCAUGUUCCCUACAAUUCCAUGAUAUUUCUUUGUUAUCUUGGCUCAUGGCCUGUGGAUCUUAGGAGCUUUGAAAUCAGGUGUUUGGUAUUGUGGUUUUGCUGAACUACAAUUUCCGUUAUCCCUGAACAUUUGUUGUCCUUGCUGGGACUGACUGGAGUCCAGCAGCAACCUCUGGAGGGCCACAGCUCUGUAUUACUAUAAAUUUUGGCAACCACUAUCAUUUGCAGAUGACACCAAACUGGGAGGGGUAACUAGAAUCAUAGAAUCAUAGAAUCAUAGAGUUGGAAGAGACCACAAGGGCCAUCGAGUCCAACCCCCUGCCAAGCAGGAAACACCAUCAGAGCACUAAUGCCACAGAAGACAGAAUCAGAAUUCAAAAUGAUCUUAACGUAUUAGAAAACUGGGAGCAAGCUAACAAAAUGAAUUUCCAUAGGGACAAAUGUAAGGUUCUGCACUUAGGCAAGAAGAACCAGAUGCACAAAUAUAGGAUGGGGAACACCUGGCUUACUAGCAGUACAUGUGAAAAGGAUCUAGGGGUCUUGGUGGACCAGAAGCUUAACAUGAGUAAACAGUGUGAUGCAGCAGCAAAAAAAGCUAAUGCUAUUCUAGGCUGCAUCAACAGAAGUAUAGAUCAAGGGAAGUAAUAGAAGCAUUCAAUUCUGCCUUAGUCAGACCACACUUGGAAUACUGUGUCCAAUUCUGGGCACCACAAUUUAAGAAGGAUGUUGACAAUCUGGAACGUGUGCAGAGGAGGGCAACCAAGAUUAUCAAGGGUCUGGAAACUAAGCCUUACGAGGAUCGUUUAGCCUGCGAAAGAGGAGACAGAGAGGAGCUGUGAUAGCCACAUGGAGGAGGGAGCAUGUUUGGCUUCAAGUUGCAAGAAAGGAGAUUCCGACUAAACAUUCAGAAAAACUUUCUGACAAUAAGAGCUGUUCAGCAGUGGAGCAGACUCCCAUGAGAGGUGGUAGACUCUCCUUCCUUGGAGGUUUUUAAGCAGAGGUUGGCUAGCCAUCUUUCAUGCUUUAGCUUAGAUUCCUGCAUUGCAGGGGGUUGGACUAGAUGAUCCUUGGGGUCCCUUGCAACUCUAAGAUUCUAUGAUUCUAUGGUUGAUAGGGAUGAGGGAGAAAUUCCAUUUAGUUCACAUUUAAAGGUGAACCUGACAAAUCCAUACCUUCCAAAAUAAUAUGCACGCCUUCCUUCAAAAUUUGCUCUUUUCCGAAUUUUGGAGUGCAGUUUUCCAGGCAGUUGAAGUAUACAAAAACAUCGCUAUGGUAAAGUGUGCAUAAAAAUUCAUAUAUUAGUGGAAAUAACAUACAAAUGCAUUAUAAGAAAUGUGUAUAUUAGGGGAAAUUACAUACAAAAAUCUGCUUGUUAGUAGAAUGUCCUAGUAAAAUGCUGGCAAAUUUCAUGACUGUAAUAUAAUAUAAUAUAAAUGCAAGUUGCUGCAGAAAUGUGGAGAAUGGAAUUUAAGGUUGGGAAAAUGAGAAACCGACAGGUCCAUACAUCCCUACUGUUUGAGAUACUGGUUCUUGUUCUCUAGAUGUUUUUGGGUCUCUGUUGAUGGGAAGGAUAUUUGUAUCCAGAGUUAUAUUAAUGUGGGUUAAGUAAGUUAUGUAAAGACAUAUUUAACUGUGAAUCGAGAGGGCUCCAUAAAUUGGAGAACAGGAUGGUAGAUAACUGCACUUCAAAGAUCUUCAAAGAAUGCCAGUUAGUUUUCUUUCUGGUAGUCAAGAGCUUCUGAAAACAUCCCAGAUACUUUUGAUUCCUGUCGGGAAGGUGGUUCUCCAGCGUUCCCUUUGUUCUUUAAAGAGUCUUUUUCAAAAAUGCAUUACCAUUAGGGGUGCAUCUUUGCAGCAAUGGUGGUUCCACCGUCAACUCUUAGAUCUACACUUUACAUCAAAUGGCUUCCCAAGAUAAGCUGUUUCUGCCUCCCCAUUGAAGGGAAGUGUUCAUUCUGACAGACAGUCUCACUCCCAGCAAGUGAUCUCUCUAGUCCCCUCCAGAUUGCCAUUAUUGUGUAGGGCAGGAUUCAUUCGCAUACCGGAAAUUUAUAUUUGAGCAAUUAAAGUGGAUUAAAGCACUCUGGCACAACAAAUCCACUCCCUCCCCCCUAUAAAACCCCUGACUUUUUGCAAUUAGGAGAGUGACAGGGAUAAACGUCUGAUUAACAGGAAGAUGUAUAACCCUCACCCAAGCAAAUCAGAAUGAAUGUUCAUUGGCAUGUAACCUCCCUGGCAAGCAAAUGAGGAUGAAUUCUCAAGAGGUCAACUGGAGGAGCAGGUCAAAUGGCUGGAUGCAAUUCUGCAGAACAGAUGGUUCUGAUAGUUACAAAAGAGUUAUCUUAAUAUAGCCCAGGUGUGUCUAACUUGUGGACUGCAGGUUGCAUAUGACAAAACUUCAGCAAGCCCACAACUUACACAGGGGUUACAUUCGGGGAUUGUGCCUAAGGCCAAAGUCGCUUACAGUCAUACCUUGGAAGUCGAACAGAAUCCGUUCGACUUCCAAAAUGGUUGAAAACCAAAUUGUGGCUCCUGAUUGGCUUCAGGAAGCUCCUGCAUCCGAUCAGAAGCCCCGUCGGACGUUCAGGUUCCAAAAGAACAUUCACAAACCGGAACAAUCACUUCCGGGUUUGUGGGGUUCGGGAGCCAAAGUGUCCAAGUUCCAGGGCAUUCGGGAUCCAAGGUACGACCGUAUAGUAAAAACCAUUUGUUGGUGGGUGUCAAGGAGCUGUCAGGCGAGCACAAGUCAUCUACAGAGCAGGAAAGAAUGUGAGGAACAAAAUGAAGUUAGCUUUUAUUCACAGGAAGUGACAACACAGCCGAGUUCCUUUGGUUCAUCUUAAUCCAGCUGGAGACAUUACUGAAACUGACCACUGGCCCUUCCCUUCCCCUCUAACCUCUCACUCUCGAUCCCUCCCUAGCCGACGGGGCUCUUCCUCUGGGUCUGUCUGGCUACUUGCUCAGCAACGUGCAGGACUCUCCUCGAGCAGGGUAUCAGAGGGAGACGAGAGCCAGCAGGACUGGGUCUGGGUAGCAAGGGCAACCUCUGACUCCUCUCUGCCUGAGUCUGUGCUCACACUGCGACUCUCAGCCUCUAGCCCUGUCCUGCAAGGGCCUCCUCCUUCUGACACCCCCCUUGAUCGUUGAAAUCUUGCUUCAAGCAACUCCCAACUUGUCCCUUCCCCAGGCUGCUCCCCGGUGCCCCACCACCACGAUCCAGGGUCAUCUUUCCCCCUAUCCUCCCUGGGGGGCUCUUGGGCACUUGGUGCCCUCCACUCUUCCUCAUCCAGCCAGUCCCUGACAGUGGGUGGGAUUGCCAAAGUCGUUUUCACCAAAUCCCUGCCCCCUUUCCACCCCUUUUAAAAUUUCUGCCAUGUGCGUAAAGCUGAACGUUCGCAGAUUAAAAGUGCGUAAGUUGAAAACCAACUGUACCACACAGUGAGCUUGGGUAGAAAUAAGUCUUGCAGUGAGCUGUGGGGGGUCUGAAUAGAGAGGAGAAAGCAAUGGUUUUAUCAGAGAAUGUUUGAUUGCAGAUCAGGGUACAGGCAGUAAAGCAGUAUAUCUCAUUCCUGUGAGAACUGGGUGGAUACAGAACUCUUAGCAAGUCUUAGGCGGAUGCAGCAUAUAACAAGGCAUGCAAGUCCUGUCUGGGGAAGGUAAGUGGCAGGUCAGCACCCAAUGGAUACGUUCUGACCUGUGUUAAUUGGAGGGGGGAAGCAGGAUGGGAGCCAGAAUGGAUGGGGACGGAGGAAGAGGGGAAAGCAGACACACAUGGGGGGGGCCUCUGCCCAUCUCCCUCAUGCUACCUCCAAUAUAUUUCCCCCAAGGAAUGUGACCCUCAAAGGUGAAAUAGAAAUAAAAAAAAAUACAUCUCAUAGUCCAUCUGAAUAAGUCUUCAGUUCUGAUUUCCAGAUUGACUCCUGGGCUGUAAGGUGAUGCCUCUAUACUGGAAUUGGAGCAAGUUUUUCCCUUCUAAAGCGCUUUACUGCUGGAAAUUCAAUCUUGAAGCAUGUGCCCAUGUAACUGUCCUGCAGUAGCAGCUGAGGAAAGAAUCUUAGAAUUAUAGCAUUUCAAUCCUUCAUUUUAUAGUCCAUAAAAUAGUGUUUUUUUCUACUUAGUUUUUUUAAAAAAACAGUAUUGUACCUGAUCUGCUCUGGCCCAACCCUACUCAGAGUUUCAAUACGCCAGGUUUGUGCCUCUGGUGUUUUGAUCUAUGGAUUUUGGAAUAAGUGGCAUAGACAGAUUUUCAGGAGCGAAGCCGAGAUGAAGUGAAAAGCCAGUAGUUUAGAAGUUGAAGAAUGAAGGCAUAAAUAUCUCCAUAGAGGUUCUUUCAGUUGUGCUUUCCCCCUCCUCAGACUUUCACUAAGGGAAUAAAUAAUACGUCGCAUGGUGGCAGCUGGUUUGCUGUGGUGUGAUUGGCACCAUUGCAACAGCUAGGGUGACUAAUUGCCUUCCGAGACCGAAUUAGUGCUCCUCCCUGGGGGUGCCACGGUAAAAAUAGAAGUAGUUACUUACCAAGGACCCCUAGAUCUGUGACAGGAACAUUAGAGGCUUAUUCCAACCACAGCAUAAUGGGGCACUUCACUUAAAUUAAUGUUCAUUUCUCCCCCCACCCCCCACCGCCCCGAAUGUAGAGUGCAGUCAACACAAACCAAAGGAGGCAAAAUAAUUUUUAACAGUUUUCCUGCUUCAUUUUUAACAACUGCCUGCAGGUAAGAUCUGCUAAGAGGAUGAAGCAGUUAAUGUACCAUUCAGUCACUCCAUACUUGCUUUCUGCUAUGCUUCUACUUUGUUUAAAUUGGGAAGGAGAUAUCCCAACUUCCUUACCUCCACUAGUUCUUAUCUCCUCCAGAUUGCCUUCUUCUCCUGCCUGCCCCUCCUUUAGCAGGUAACCUCUCUUUUCUCCAGGCUCCUCCCAUGCCCCUUCUCCAGUGGUAGCUGGUGGCCAUUGUGGGUGGUAGGAUGGAAAGCAGGAGGGGCCAACAGUAGGUGGAGCCAUAGCUAGUUGAGAGAGCCGACUAGUUGUAGUUUUGCCCCGCUGGGGCUAAGGAGGAGGAAACCAGCAAGCAGUGCCACCCCUGGACUAGCUAUGAGGAAGAAGGCAGGCAGGUGGGAGCUCAGGGCAUUGGGAAGGACCCAUCUUGAAAGUUUGCAUCAUCUCACCAUUCCCAUUUUCCCCCCAUCUGCAGCCUGUACAAGGUGAGUGCUGGUCAGGCUACUUGCAAGUAGCCAGCUGGCUUGGUGGCUUCUUCCACCUGUUCCCUACACAGUGACUUGCAGUGCUGAACCAGUAGUGCCUGAUGCAUUUUGACUCUUGGUUCCAUUUUCUUUGUUCUUCCUUUUUUCCUAUUGCCUCCAGGCUUACAGUCACUCCCCACUUCCCUUGAAACCAAACUGAAUGUCAGAAAAGAAGGGGUUUGUCUAACAAAUCUUUUAGCAGCAAUAGAGCAGUGCUAGAAGAGAGCGAUCUCUCUGCCUUUUUGAGAAAGAGAAGUUAAGCCCUGGGGAUUCUAGAGCAGCGUUCCUCAACUUGGUGCCUUCCAGAUGUUUUAGACUGGUGCCUUCCAGAUGUUUUAGACUGGCUGGGGCAGAUGGAAGCUGUCGUCCAAAACUUUUGGAGGACACAUGUCAGGGAAGGCUGGACUAGAACAGGAUCUUGCACUCUGCAGCCUGUGGAAAGUAUCAGGGUGGGCCACGUAGUGAAUACUACCAAGAGCUGUUUCACCUCUUUGUGUUGGAUGAGUGGAAGUUUCUGUGUAAAUACUGGAGAGAGCAGCAAUCAGUAGGAAGUUGCCUGCUGUGUCUACCUGUAUCACACAUAUGCUUUGGAACCCAAUCAUUAUGUUUUCAGCUAUAUGCACAUGUGUGUAGUUGCUUUUAGCUGGAGGGAUCUUGCACUUAUUAAGUUGUCUCCUGAUCCAUGGUGAUAUCCACCACCAAGAGAAGGUGAUGGCCCAACUGAAGAGAUCAGUUGUCCUGGGGUUCUGGAACAGAUGGCCAGACCUGUGAAUAAGGACCAAGGUGCUGAUUCAGGACCAUGGUCAGCAGUCCUGUAGCUGAGGUAGAAAAUAUAAGUUGUCUCAGCAGUGUCUUAGAACUAAACAGCAAGGGUAGAUGAAAGAUACCACAACCACCAGUAAUAAUGUAACCACAGCCAUUACACCAUUUCAGAAAGAGAACAACCAUUUACAGCCCAAAAACUUUCCUGAAAAAGGAAGGCUUUGAUUUUCUUCUGGAAGACUGUUAGAGAUGGGAUGAGAUGAGGGGGGGGGACAUGUUCUGGGCACAGUUGCUGAACAGACCCUCUCCCUGUUCCGAACCAAGUAUAUUUUUGGGAAUACUGGAAAGUAUCUGACAAUGAUCUCACAAGGCAGCCAGGCUUACACUCCUUCUCUUGACACCAAUAAUUAUGUCAUUAUUAUUGCCAGUUGAGACGGAAUCAUGGAAGUAAAUACCACUCAGAAGUGGCGCUGCACAUAGCCACACCCAGAAGUGUACCGCAUCAAAUGCUAUUCCUGAAGGCAGAAUUUGAGCCUUAAGAGCCACACCGUAUGAGGGAGGACUAAGUCGAUCUGUAGCAUUCACUACCUUGUUUAAUUCUAUCUCAAAGCAACCUUUGAAGUAGGUUAUCGUUCCCUUUAUGCAAAUAGAGAAUUGGCACGGAAACGUGGCGGCUUCCUUGAGGCCUCCCAGCAAGUUAUUAAUUGGGUUGGGCUUUGAACGCUCCCCUUCUAGGCCUUAAUUUACACUUCAGCCAAUGGGCCACAUUUGCUUUUAUUUACAAGUCAUGUGAGAGCACUGCAGGGUAGGCCCUGGAGCAGCAGAUAAUAUCUUCCUUCUUGUGGAGCUUCCUUCCUCCCAAAACACUUCUCUCCAAUGAUUUCCCCACCCACCCAAGCAACUAUUUUUGACAUUGGCCACAUGCUAUGCCUGUUUUAGGUUCAUUCAAGUCCAUCUCAAAUUAGCCCUGUUGUGAGUGUCAGGAGUUCUAUCUCGUCCAUUCCUUCUGGCUCGUCUUUCAUCUGGAUUAUUCAGAGCAUCUACCAGAGGCAUUCGGUCCAUGGUUUUACCAUAAAUUCGGACCUGCUCAGAGUUGUGCCCUUUGGCAAGGCAAAUGAUGUCAACUUUCUGAGAGUUUGGAGAAGACAGGGACAAUUGGCCAUUAAAGAGAGUAGGGCAUUAUUUAGGCCUGGGAGUUUGUUUCAGAACAAAAUGGUAGAAGUAGAAAUACUGUGUGUGAGACUGUUUCAGGUGUGGGGAACCUUUGGCCCCUCAGAUGUGACUGAACUACAACUCCUAUGAUCCCUGACCGUUCACCAAACUUGCUAGACCUGAAGGAAGUUGUGGUUCAGCAACAUCUAGGGGACAAAGGUUCCUCACCCCUGCCCUAUUUCAAGUGCUGAACACCUCUGGAAUUGGUAAUAGGCUGAAUAACAGCUAAUUAAAAGGUAAAGGUAAAGGUACCCCUGCCCGUACGGGCCAGUCGUGUCCGACUCUAGGGUUGUGCGCCCAUCUCACUUAAGAGGCCGGGGGCCAGCGCUGUCCGGAGACACUUCCGGGUCACGUGGCCAGCAUGACAAAGCUGCUCUGGCGAGCCAGCACCAGCGCAGCACAUGGAAACGCCGUUUACCUUCCCGCUAGAAAACGGCACCUAUUUAUCUACUUGCACUUAAGAGUGCUUUCAAACUGCUAGGUGGGCAGGAGCUGGGACCAAACGACGGGAGCUCACCCCGCCGCGGGGAUUCAAACCGCUGACCAUGCGAUUGGCAAGUCCUAGGCGCUGAGGUUUUACCCACAGCGCCACCCGCGUCCCUAACAGCAAAUUAAAUCUAGACAAAAUGGUGGCACUAGCAGUAACUGCCUCACUGGAUUAAUAGGGUGAUGUUCAACCUGUUUUGGAUGGGGUUGCAGUUCCCCUUAAGGAUCACAUUUGUCACUGUUAAGUACUGUUAGAUUGGGGCCUUAAUUUGGUGGCCUGAAUGAUCCUUGACAAGAAAGGAGAUUCCGACUAAACAUCAGGAAAAAGUUUCUGGCAGUAAGAGCUGUUCGACAGUGGAAUGGUCUCCCUUGGGAGGUUGUGGACUCUCCUUCCUUGGAGGUUUCUAAGCAAAGGUUGGAUGGCAAUCUGUCAUGGAUGCUUUAGUUGAGAUUUCUGCAUUGCAGGGGGUUGGACUAGAUGACCCUCAGGGUCCCUUCCAACUCUAUGAUUCUAUCCGUGUGGCACAAAGCACCUUUCACCUGCUUAAGUCUGUGAACCAGUUGUGACAUUUCCUACACAGAGCCUUGUGACUGUUAUUGAUGCCCUGCUAAUGUCCAGCCCUGGUUACUGCAGUGCAUUAUACAUGAGACAUCUAUUAUUUCUUUACUGGCUGCCAGUUUGUUUCCAGACAUAAUUUAUUAGGCUGAUUUUGACCUAUAAAGCGCUCUAUGUCUUGGCACCAAAUUAGAUGAAUGACCAUUUCUCCUGCAUGCACCACCCAGUUUCUUAAGUUGUUGUUGUUGUUUGUUUGUUUGAAUUUAUAUACCGCCCUAUACCCGGAGGUCUCAGGGCGGUUCACAAAAUAAAUAUAAAAUAUAAAACCACAAAAUACAUCAUCAGAAUAAAAAUAACCCAAUAACACCCCCCCCAAAAAAACCCUGAGCAACCUGGUGGCUGAAUUCUGCCCUAGCUGAAGUUUCUGAACCGUCUUCAGAGGCAGCCCUACAUAUACUGCAUUGCAAUAAUCUAACCUUGAGGUUACCACAACAUAGACAACAGUAGUUAGGCUAUCCCUGUCCAGAUAGGGGCGUAGCUGGUCCACCAGCCGAAGCUGAUGGAAGGCACUCCUGGCCACUGAGGCCACCUGAGCCUCAAGCAACAGCAAAGAAUCCAGGAGUACCCCCAAGCUAUGAACCUGCUCCUUCAGAGGAAAUGUAACCCCAUCAAGAGCAUCAAGCCCAUCUCCCACCCGUCUGAUAUAGGGAACCACCCUAAAAUGUUUGUGGGAGGUUUUUCUCAGAUUAGCCUCAGUUACUGGUGUGAGCCCUACUCGUGUCAAACAAGAGGCCCUCGAUGUUGGGCUCCCCUCCUUCCUGCACUGGACAGAGUGGUCAGUGGUCAGGGACAGUGGAAAUUGUAAUCAAGCAAUGUCUGGAGGACCACAGGUUCCCCAUCCCUGAUGUAGGGUUCCACCAGACAGACCCAGAUGAAGGACGAUGAACCCUGCAAAGCACAGUUUCGAAUGAAUGCAUUGAUGGAGAGCCACAGGUUCCUCACCCCUGUCCAAAGAAUCCUAGAGCGAGCAGUGCAAUCUCCUUCUGUUUGUGAUGCCUAGGACUUUGGCCUACAGCAUACACCAAGCAGAGGCUGGUCCAUAAGGGUGAGUGGGGCUCUUCCCCAGCCUCAGUCUACCUUUGGGCACCUCCACCCCAGUCUGUCAUCUUGCUUAUAACCAGUCCAGUGGAUGACACCACCUGCCAGCUUCCUUCCCUUCCUUAAUUGGUGUAGCUUUUGUAAAACUCAGCAGGGAGGCGGAUGGUUGUCAAAACCAGACCCUGUUGACUCUGCGUGUGUGGCACUGGCUCCACCUACUGUUGACCUCCUGCCUUGCGCCCCACCAGUCCCAACUGGCAGCCUGCACCCUCAUCUUCCUUGUUGUGGUUCACCUUGUAGACUUAACCCCAGAGGAUUACCGUAUCCAGCAAAGGCUACUUUUCCCCCUCACACAUUGAGUGCCUUUGAGCUCCGAAGGCACCAGAAUGCCUUCUUCGAUAAUGCUUGGUGGAUUAAUAUUAUUUUAAAACUAAUUAAAAGGGCAUUACCAGCAUAACACCUUGGGAGUCCUGGUGGGCAAAGUGGGAGAGCUGCCGCAACUCUCCGCCGGCUAAUCCGUUUCCUUUUCCCCUCCCAAGGUGAGCAAGGUUAAUCCUGUUGGAAGUGGAAUCUCUCCACUCAGACAGAUCUGUGUAAUGUUUGCCCCCGAGCCAAGUUAAUUCCGCGCGGCUUAAUAAGGCGAGGUGGGUGGAUAAUUUGGCUAUACUCUGCUCUUUCUCUGAACUUCUCACUGGCAGUGGAGCGACCCUCCCUGAAGCAUGGAGAAAAUCGCCCCGGCUCAUUUGAGCAGGGAAAUAGGCAAUUGCUUUCUUAGCAGUGGCUUGGCUGCCGAGGUGGAGGAUCUAAGCGACUCUGCACGGUGUACCAAGCAUUUGGGGCAGCCUCGGUUCAGGAAUGCCCAGCUGGGGCUUGAUAAGUUGUGCUUGCUUUUUCCGGAUGAGAACUGGAGGCACACUUCAACCUUAAAAACCUGGGAAAGUUUGUUUUUAAGCACAGGUACGAGCAUAAGAUUGGGACGUGGCUGGCGCUGUGGGUUAAACCACAGAGCCUAGGACUUGCCGAUCAGAAGGUCGGUGGUUCAAAUCCCCGCGACGGGGUGAGCUCCUGUUGCUUGGUCCCUGCUCCUGCCAACCUAGCAGUUCGAAAGCACAUCAAAGUGCAAGUAGAUAAAUAGGUACCGCUCUGGCGGGAAGGUAAAGGGCGUUUCUGUGCGCUGCUCUGGUUCGCCAGAAGCGGCGUAGUCAUGCUGGCCACAUGACCCGGCAGCUGUACACUUGCUCCCUCGGCCAGUAAAGCGAGAUGAGCGCUGCAACCCCAGAGUCGGUCACGACUGGACCUCAUGGUCAGGGGUCCCUUUACCUUUACCUUUGAGCAUAAGAAUUAUUCUGACAGCACCACGCUCUGCUUUUCUGUCCAUUCAUAGCAGAGCACAUGAUCCUCUGUGCAGUAGAUCCCUAGGCUCACCUUCAGUUGAAAGGAUCUAGGGUAAUAGGGUUAGGAAAGAACUCUACCUGAGACCGUGGAGAACUGCUGCCUGUCAGAGUGACCUUUUGCACUUGUUCAAACACAGUAGCAAAGAUGAAACCCCAGAGUAAUGAGUCCUUUGCAGUUUUGGGCUUCAUGCAUUCAGACAUCAUAUUGCUUACAGCAGUCUUCCUCAACCUAGCACCCUUCGUAUGUUUUGGAUUAAAACUCCCAUCAUCAGCCAGGACUGAUGGGUGUUAUAAACCUAAACUUACGGAGGGCACCAGGUUGAGAAAGGCUGGCCAACCAAUGGCAUACUUGUUGCAUCCAAAAUCCAAAAGAAGACUUGUAACAUUAAAGUGUGGGAGCUCUCUUCAUUUCCUACAACUCUUGACAUUUCCCCCCUUCCUCACAAGCCAAACAGUGGACAAACCUUUCAACGUGUCUCGUUUAAAACUCUGUAAGACCACCAGGCUUGGGAGGAAAGCAAUGACAAACCUAGACAGCACCUUAAAAAGUAGAGACAUCACCUUGCCAACAAAGGUCCGUAUAGUAAAAGCUAUGGUUUUCCCAGUAGUGAUGUAUGGAAGUGAGAGCUGGACCAUAAAGAAGGCUGAUCGCCGAAGAAUUGAUGCUUUUGAAUUAUGGUGCUGGAGGAGAGUCCCAUGGACUGCAAGAAGAUCAAACCUAUCCAUUCUUAAGGAAAUCAGCCCUGAGUGCUCACUGGAAGGACAGAUCGUGAAGCUGAGGCUCCAAUACUUUGGCCACCUCAUGAGAAGAGAAGACUCCCUGGAAAAGACCCUGAUGUUGGGAAAGAUUGAGGGCACAAGGAGAAGGGGACGACAGAGGACGAGAUGGUUGGAUAGUGUCUUCGAAGCUACCAGCAUGAGUUUGACCAAACUGCGGGAGGCAGUGGAAGACAGGAGUGCCUGGCGUGCUCUGGUCCAUGAGGUCACGAAGAGUCAGACACGACUAAACGACUAAACAACAACAAGACCACCAGGAGCAUGUUGAAAUCAUUGGUUGCAAGGAGGAGGGCUAGUUGACCGUGUCCUGGUCUUCCACAAUUUGUGGGUGGCUGAAUGGAAGGACUUGUCUUAUGCCUUUGGCUCAGAUCCAGAUCAGCUGGCUGAUGGUGUGCUGUGGGAGAAUUGGGUGGUGAAAAAGAACCUGUACCACUUGCCUGUCUUUGCUUGUAUAUAUGUAUUUAUUAUUUUUUAAAAGCAUGACAUAAAUGCAAGAUAUAUUGAAAUAUAUAGGUAAAGCUCAACGCAGUCCUUCUGUGGCUCCCCGGGUCAUCCUGUGUGAACUCAUUCACAGUGAAUUUUGCUUGCUGUGUUCAUUUAUUAGGAGAAGGUCUUCUUAAAGCAUUUGUACCUAGUUGCUUUUCAGUGUCAUGGCGCCACCCCUUGCCCCUACAUUGCCCAUUUCCUUUUCUUUAAGGCUCAGAUCUCUGGAAAUCAUCUUCUGCUUAAUACAGACUGCUCUGUUGCUUCACCUUGUGUCGUCAAAUUCUUAGUGUUGUGUUUUUCCUCCUUCACACAGGCCAGCUGAGGUUGUGAUGCGAUAAUUGACUCUUAACACUUCAAUCCGGGUCUUGUUGCAGGGUUCAAAGCGAGUCCUGAGAUCCAAUGAAUAUGUUCUGCCCCCUGGAGGCCUGAUGGAGACUGACCUGGAACUGACAUUUUCGUUGCAGGUAAUUUGAACUUUGCUUGCCAGAUAGCAGAGAACUGUCCCUCGACAGGAUGAUUAAAAUCUUUUCCCUGCGUCUCUGGCUUUCUGAAUGGACCGUGCAUUUGGGAACAGACAGGAAAGAGCUUUAGGAGUUUCCUUGAGAUUCUGUUGAAGAGGCUUUCCCUUGCACACGUAGGGUAUGAUUGCUAUUCUGACAGCAGCUCUAGACAUGUUUACCCCCCGGAAGUCAGUUCUGCUGUGUUCAGUGGGGCUUGCUUCCUAGCAAAUGUGUUUAGGAUGGCAGCGAAAGGCUCCUUUCAAAUCAGUCAUUCAUGAGAGUCUGCCUGCCCCAACCUGGUGUCCCCCAGCAUGGCCUAGAGUAUGGGAGCCAGUGUGGUGUAGUGGUUAAGAGUGGUGGACUCGUAAUCUGGUGAACCGGGUUCGCAUCUCUGCUCCUCCACAUGCAGCUGCUGGGUGACCUUGGGCUAGUCACACUUCUCUGAAGUCUCUCAGCCUCACUCACCUCACAGAGUGUGGGGAAGAGAGAAAAGGAGAUUGUUAGCCGCUUUGAGACUCCUUAGGAUAGAGAUAAAGCGGGAUAUCAAAUCCAAACUCCAACUCCUCCUCCUCCUCUUCUUCUUCUUCUUCUUCUUCUUCUUCUUCCUAGAGUCAGGGAUAAUGGGAGAUAAGAUCUAGUGAGCAUCUGGAGCGACACCAGAAUGGGGAAAGAUGGGCUAGGCCGAGUGAACUGCUAGCCAUGGUGUAGUAGUAGUAGUAGUAAUAAUAAUAAUAAUAAUAAUAAUAAUAAUAAUAAUUUAUUUAUACCCCUCCCAUCUGACUGGGUUUCCCCAGUGUUGAGGAGAUGCAUGGAAGAAAACAUGGAGAGCGUUUGAGAGAUCAAGCUUGUUUCUUCUUGAGUUCUCUGCUGGGUGCUUAUUUAUUAUUUACUUGCUACUCCUACUAUGUUUAUAUCCCACCUGCUCUUCAGGGAGCUCAAGAUGGCGUAUAUGGUUCACCCUUUUUUAAUUUUAUCCUUGUAACAACUCGGUGAGGGUGGCUGAGAGACUGUGACCGGACCAAGGCCAUCCGAUGAGCUGCAUGGCUUAGUGGAGAUUUGAACGCUAGCACCACCCAGCUUAUGGAAUGCUCUCCCUAGGAAGGCACGCCUGGUACCAUAACUGGCUACUUUUAGGUGCCAGGCCAAAAAACAUUUCUUUUCAGCCGGGCUUAUGACCUUCCGUUUGGAGAGUUUUGGAUAAUGUGACCUCUUCAGUGGCUGGGAUGUGUUAGACCGUCUUCCGCGUGUGUGAAUGUUUUAGCUUUUGGUUCGUUUUCGUUUUAUGUUGGUUUAAUUUUUUUCUAUUAUACCAUAAGUCACUUUGCAUUUACUUCUUGCAAAUGGAAGAAAAAGUGGCUAAUAAGUGUAAUUCGUUAUGAUCUUCUUCUUCACCCUAACCCAGGGGUUGGAAACAUUUUUUGAGGCUGGUCCGGUCCACUCCCUGGCAGACCUCUUGGUGCGCCGGAGCGUGUGCCCCAGUGCGUGCACUCAGGCUAUUUCUGACGCUCUUCUGGAUCAGAAGUGCACCGGAAAUAGCGUGUGCGCAAGGGCGCUCCUCCGUUCCGGAAGUGCGCCAGAAAUAGCGUGUACGCACGCGUACAGGUGCUCCUCCGGGUGAGGAGCGCCCGUGCGCAUGUGCACACACUCUAUCCGGCACUCUUCCGACCCAGAAGUCGGUCCCCGCGGCGAGAGAAAAAUGGCGCUGCGGGGGGAAAAGAACACGGAAUCCCCACACCAAUCCACAGAACCGCCGUGGGCCGGUUCCAGGAAGCUCAUGGGCCAGAACCAGCCCAUGGGCCUUAGAUUGCCGACCUCUGCCUGAACCGCUACACCGAACGGGCAUCUCAAAAACAGCAUAUUAUCUGAAUUUGUCUCCUCCUCUCCCUGUAGUACCCACACUUCCUGAAACGUGAUGGCAACAAGCUCCAAAUCAUGCUCCAGCGCAGAAAGAGGUACAAGAACCGCACUAUUUUGGGCUACAAGACCCUGGCAGUGGGCAUCAUCAACAUGGCUGAGGUAAGGGAAGCAGCAAGGUGGGCAGUUAUGUGGGCAUCCCAUGCCUUUAACCAUCUCUGAGCAAUGGGCUCUUGGUGGUGCCAGAGCUGAUGGGAAGCGGGAGAGGCACCAGGGCAUCUUCUCAAGAUCUUGGGAGGUUGUGCUUCUUGUACGUGGGAGGGGACUGGUCUGUUCUAGAAGCCUCCUCCUGCGCAAGGGAGUAGAAUUGGAGCCCCUCCUCUAGGUAGAUCCUGUAUACGGAGCUCCUCUUCCACAUGGAGGCCCAGAUGUAGCCGUAGUUCCCAUCAGCCCCAGCAAGCAAAGUCAAUGGCAAGGGAUGCUGGGAGUUGCUUGCUUGUUUUUGCUGAUGUUAUUCAUUGUAUUUGCCGGUCGCUGUUUUCAUGGAGGGAACCAAAGCGAGUUACCUUAAAGCCAAUUAGGAAUUUCCAAUAAAAAAUCAAAAAAGCACAGCUGUACAGAAAAAAGGCAGGGCUUACAGGUCCCACCCCACUAAAAGAGGACACAGUUUCACCCUUCAAAAUAAGGGCCGAAAGCCUGGGUAAAGUGAAAAGUCUUUGCCUGGCGCCUAAAUAUAAAUGGGAUGGGUGGGGUGUGCCAGGUGUGCCUUCCUGAGAGCAUUCCACAUCUAGGGGGCCACCACUGGAAAGGCCCAAUCUCAUGUUGCCAACUUCUGAGCAUGGAGGGGCCACACUAAGGAGGGUCUCAAGAUAAUGAUCAUAAAUUGUAGAGUUGGAAAGGACCACAGGAUUCUUCUAGUCUGACCCGAUGCAGUGCAGGAAUGUUUCGUCCAACGUGGGGCUCAAACCCACAACCCUGAGAUUAGGAGUCUCAUGCUGUACCGACUAAUUGCAUGGUCCAGGCUGGUUCCUGUGGGGAGAAGUGAUAUCUUUUAAGGUCCUGAGUUUCUAAUCUGCAUAAGGCGUUACAGGCGGAAACUAGCAUUUUGAAUUAAGCCUGGAAACUAAUUCGUAUCCAGCACAGUCAUCCCAAAAGUGGUGUUCUUUGUUCAGACAGUCCUGCUGUGAUCAACAUUCUGCUUGUUGAAUUCUGCAUCAACUGCAGUUUCCAAGCCAUCUUCAAAGGCAGCCCAAUGUAGCCCAAAUACAUGUUAUUCUGCCUCCCUAUGGCAGGUCACUGGCCUGCUCCAGAGGCUUCCUCCUGUGUGCUGAGUAUCAUUGAUCCCUUAUUCAGGUCAUGCAGCACCCGACAGAUGGAGGGCAGCUCCUGGGCCUCCACAGCAACAUCAAGGAUGUGAGCAUCCGAGUGGCCGAAAUCAGCAUCUACUCUCUCUCUAGCCAGCCCAUUGAUCACGAAGAUGGAAACGUCCCCUCUGGCCCCAAAAUCAAAGCUGGUAAUGUAUUACUUAUUUUUAUUUUAUUUUAUUUAUAAAUUUUAUUUUUCAGUUUUUCAAAAGAAAUUUACAAACAUGCAAAUAAAAAAAACACAAAUCACAUAUAUUUGACUGCCCCCACCCCACUUUUGUGGUUUCUUUUAAAUUUUAAUUUUCAUGCUGCAUUUUCCACAUUACUCCAUCUUUAUUUUAUAGUUUCUCAAUCUAACUGCUAGUUUUACGUUAGUCCUGCUAAUGAGCUUAUUUGUAUACAUGAGUUUUUCAAAUAUACCACAAAAUUUCCCCAAUCUUUAAUAAUUUCUUCUUCUUGGUUUCUUAUUACACCCAUUAAUCUUGCCAUUUCAGCAUAAUCCAUUAAUUCUAUUAGCUAACUAUCCCUAAAAGAAAAGCUUCAGGGGGUGGGGUUGUUAAAAGUUAUCGCAAACAUAGUAAUGUAUAAUGUAUUCCUUAAACCUAAAGCUUCUCUGAGCCUAGUACCUAAAAACUGUUUGAGUCAGGUUCUCAUCCAGCUCUCAUCUGUACCUUCACUGACUUUCGGUCCUGUGAUAUGUCCUUUCCUACAUCCAUCCAGAAUAGCUUUGUUUCCUAAACAUGGCCUCUAUUCUUUCACUCUGCUUGUGCCACACCUCUUCCAGAAUCCUUACAGUGGCUCCCUGCCAUCAGUGACAGAUUCCUAGGCCUUAAUAGCAAACUCAGUGGCUCCGUACCAUGUUUUCCCCCAGACUCCCUUCCUUUCCCCUUGCUGGCUCAGUGCAGUUUGGCCAUGGUCUCUGCCUUUUCCCAUUCCAGAUCGCUCUCCAGAUAUUGACAACUACUCUGAAGAAGAGGACGACAGCUUUUCCUCCGAGCAGGAAGCCAGCGAUGAUGCUGUGCAAGGCCAGGUAGCUACUGAUCAACCAGCCUGCUGUCUGUCUCUCUGUCUAUUCAGGUCUCACCUUCCCUCUAUGACAGCGGUAGCCAAUGUGGUGCCUCUCAGGUGUUGCUGGACUAGAACUCCCAUCAUCCCUAACCAUUGGCUGUGCUGCUUGGGGCUGAUGGGAGUUGGAGUCCCAGCAAUGAAGGCAGCACAUUGACAUCUGCUGUUCUCCCCGUGUUGCCUUCCAAGUAAUGCUUCUUUAGCAGCUCACCAAUAUCCAGUCUCUGAGCAGUAUUGCCAUCAGUUACGUACAGUGGUCUUGCUCAGCCUGAAAAUGGUAUUUCCAUCCUGAGGGCCACAGUCCUUUCUGGGCAACUUUUCAAGGGCCACAUGGCAGGUAUGGGCAACAAAUUCUGCCUUUCUACAGCAAGCUAGUUUCUACUCUCUCCUCCAUUCAGACCAGCCAGAGUCUUUAUCAAGUUCAGGGACACAUUCUGCCCAGUGCGAAAUAAGGCCAGUGAGGGGAGCUGCCUGGUGCAUCUCUGAGGGCCACGUGGAGAGGGGUGGAACUUCACAUUCUUCUGAUUCUGUGCUGCCAUCUCUCGCUUCUCAGGAUUUAUAUGAUGAAGAGGAUGAAGUGAGGAAGCCGAAGAAAGCCAGGCGGAAAAUGAUCAGAACCACAUCGAUGACCAGAGUAAAGACAACCUUCCUUGCUUUUCCAAAGGGGAGUUUGUGGGGGUUGGAGUUUUUAUUUUAUUUUAUUCCCAGUGCAACAGACUAGAUGCGGGAGGCUCUCCGAUCCUCCCCAGCAGGUGGCGCCAUAGAGGAUAGUGCUCAGGCUAGAGUCUGGUUGACCAGAAGUUGAACUCGUUGGUAUGCUGGAGAAGUUCAUCUCCAGUUAUUUCCCCCCAAAUUAGCAGGAGCCGAGUAAAUUGUGCAAAAUAAGCAAAUGUGCUCAAUCUGCGUAAUAGACAAGCUGCGUAACUCAUUGAUCCCAUAUAACAGUCUUCUCCACUGAUGCCCUCUGGAUAUUGUUGGACUACAGUUCCCAUCAUCCCUGACCGUUGGCCAUGCUGGCUGGGGCUGAAUGGGAGAUGGAGUCCCACAAUAUCUGGAAGGCCACGGAUUCUCCACCCAUGCUCUUAACACAUGCCUUUGUGUGGCAGCUGCUUUUCAGCAACCCGGCACCUUCAAGCCAUCCAUGCAUGCAAACCCCCAUCCACUGUUGAUUCCUGACCUCCACAUCCCUCCAUCCAAAUGGCCGUCUACAUGGCAGGCUUCUCGUGCGCCUGCUUACGCGCAGCACUUAGGGGCACACGAGUCAGCUGCCACAUUGAUUUGCUUUUAGAUGUGGCUGAAAGGGCUGCUUGUCAGCUCUGUCAGGGCUGGGGCAAUAAUGGGUCUUGACAUUUUCCCACCCAAAGCCUGUAUUCCGGCCUGGCAGAUUCCAAGUCCUCUGAGCAAAGACCAUGGCUGCUCCCACAUUCUGUUCAGUGCUCAGAUGAUUUAUUAAGUAGUUGUACGUUGUGUUCUUGUCGUUGGCCGUAGUUCAGCGGUAGAGCAUCUUCUUUUCAUGCAGAAGGUGCUACGUUUAAUCCCUGGCAUCUCCAGGUAGGGUGCAGAGAGACCCCUGUCCGAAAUCUGGAGAGUCGAUGCUACUGCUCAGUGCAGACAAAACUGACCUAGAUGGACCCAGUGGUCUGACUCAGUAUAAAACAACUUCCAGUGUCCCUGGCUUCCAAUGGGAGGCUGGAGGAAAGGUAGUGUUGAUAAUAGGCAGUGCAAGAGAACUGGCCCAUAAGCCGCUGUGGGGAUUGGGGUGCUGUCAGCACCCAUGGCAAGAGCCCUGAGUGGAGGUGGCGGUGAUAAGUACAGUGGUACCUCGGGUUGCAUACGCUUCAGGUUACAUAUGCUUCAGCUUACAGACUCCGCUAACCAAGAAAUAGUGCUUCAGGUUAAGAACUUUGCUUCAGGAUGAGAACAGAAAUCGUGCUCUGGCAGCGCAGCAGCAGCAGGAGGCCCCAUUAGCUAAAGUGGUGCUUCAGGUUAAGAACCGUUUCAGGUUAAGAACGGACCUCCGGAACGAAUUAAGUACUUAACCCAAGGUAUCACUGUACUGGGCAGGGGGUGGCUGGUGCCGAGGGGGCAGCCUGCCCGACAAUACCUGGAGCUGGGCCUUCUUAGGGUUUUCGCCCCUAUCGUUAUUAUUUUGGCUAGUGGGUUUUGCCUUCAGGAAAACUUUUAAAAAACCAGCGAGGCAUGUUUCUGUAGCCAGGGUAGGUGGGAAGUGAGAAGCCUCUAGCACUGUGAUUGAAAUGUUUACUCCCAUCCCCAACUUCCUUCUCAUUUUAGCAACCAAACUUCAAGCAGAAAUUUGUUGCCUUGCUGAAGAGGUUUAAAGUGACGGACGAGGUAAGAAGCUGUGAGUCUGUCCCUGUCAGGCGUGUGGCCAGCCGGCUUUCUCUCUUCUGCCCUCCUCUUCCUCUCCUUCCCCCCCCCCCCACAUAGGUUCCUGUUUGCAGGAGCAACACAACACCUGUCUCUUGGGCAGCUGGCACCCCGUGAGCAGGACCCUGCUGAGGAAGGCUUAGCUAGCUCAGUGGUGGAACAUUUGCUUAGAGCGCAGAAGGUCCCUGGUUCGUUCCCCAUCAUCUCCCGGGAGGACUAGCAAAGACUCCCUGUCUGAAACCUGGGAGAGCAGCUGCCGACCAGUGCAGGUGCUGCUCAGCUAGAUGGUCCCAUUGUCUGACUCGGUAUUAGACAGCUUCAUUGUCUACGGUGGACUUCAUGCCUGUAAGAAGGUGUGGAGAACUGCAGACAUCCCCCCCCCCUUACACGGGGGUUACAUUCCGGGGGCCCUGCGCACAUAAGUGAAAUCGCGUAGGGAGCAUCCUCUAUAAAACACCCUUUAAACGCCCUCUCUGCCGCUCUCUCUUUAACCCCUGCCAAAAACACUGCAUCCCCAAAUAUCCACAACUAGAAUUGGCGCUCCAGGACUGGCUGGCACGGGAAAGUGGCUGCUUCUGUGCCACUACACGGAUCAGCUGUUAGGCGGGGAGGCUGAACAGAGUAAACAAAGUCCCGCUGCACCUCCGGUCUCUUCGGAGAUUCCCCUGCCCUCACUGACGUCUUUCUUCAGGCUCCGGGGAGGGUCUCCUUGUGAGCCACGAUAGACGCUCGGGCUCUCCCUCUCUCCCGCCAUUUCCGGGUUUGAAUUGGAUUAUUUAAUUAUUUCCUGGCGCCGCGCACGAGUCGAUUAGUGCGUUAAGUUGGGGGGAGGGACGACGCCUAUAGCUGGAAUGGGAAAGGAGGAGCUGCAUGGGGUGGUCUCCCAGCAGACCUGACACAGACUACUCUGUUUGCCUAAUUUAACCCUUGCUGCAGACAGAUGAAUGGCCACUGCCAGGAGACUGUGGAGGGUGAAGAAUAAUAAUAAUAGUUUGUUAUUUAUACUCUGCCCAUCUGGCUGGGUUCCCCCAGCCAUUCUGGGCAGCUUCCAACAGAAUAUUAAAAACCCGAUAAAACAUCAAACAUUAAAAAAUUUCCCUAAACAGGGCUGCCUUCAGAUGUCUUCUAAAAGUCAGAUAGUUGUUUAUUUCCUUGACAUCUGAUGGGAGGGCGUUCCACAGGGAGGGUGCCACCACCGAGAAGGCCCUCUGUCUGGUUCACUGUAACCUCACUUCUCACAGUAAGGGGACCGCCAGAAGGCCCUUGGUGCUUGACCUCAGUGUUCAGGCUGAACGAUGAAGGUGGAGACGUUCCUUCAGGUAUACCAAGGGCAGCUGGUUUCUUGCAGAGGCGAGAGAACGGCCUGCUUCCCUUCUCCGCAGCCUGACGGCAGAUCGCUUGCUUUGAGUACAGAAGGUGCAGUCUUCCAGCACCAGCAGUAGAAAAGAAUCUCUGGCAGCCAAGUUUGGGGUGGCUUCUUCUGGAAGGACCUCUGCAUUGCACAGCGGACCGGCCUUUGACAACCUGGUGCCCUCCCAAUGUUUUGGAUGGCAACUCCCGCCAGCCCCAGCCACCACUGGGAGUUGUAGUUGAGAACAUCUGGGGGUUCAGGUUGGCAAAGGCUGCAGGAGAUAAACCUCAACUAGGUGGGCCAUUAACCCAGUAUAAAUCCACUUUGUAUAUUCAUAGCUGAAGUACAGAUGGGAUUUACACUAGGACAAGGAAGAUCAGAACCUUUCACCCCAUGCUUGGUGCAUGAGAAGUAGGUUAACUCUGCUUCCUCCUCCCACUCUGGCAGCAUACAAAUGCCUGUUAUUUCUUGCUUGCUUCCCACCCCCUCAACCUUGCUAGAUCCCCUUAAACAAAAAACAAAAACCAUUUCAAUCCGUCCUUACUUAGCAUUCACAGCUUUCAUCAUUAGUAAUAUCCGCAAAUGCCAUUAACAUGCUGUUUUAAUGCCAUCUUCUAUGAACAAAAGGGGCGGGUGGGGGGGGAUGAAAUUAAAAAUCCUGCAGAUAUAUUGCCCCUUUACAGUAUUAUUUAUUUAUCCUUUCGGCCUUGGUUAAUCGGCUGGCUUCAGGUCACCAAAAUGUCAUCGUUAAGGGUUUCCAAGCAGGUCUUAGCAGAUAAUGUUCGGACGGGCAGAGGGAGCACAGCACACACACACACCCUCACCACGUUUCAUCUGUUUGAUUGCAUGAGAUUGAUGAGAAGUAUUUGUUAUGGCCACAACUAGAGAGAAAGGGGAGAUUGGUGGGUGAUGUUGUCUGGUACCAAACAGCUGAAAAAUGCUCUAUCUGUGGUCAGAGUGUGUGCAUUUUGAUACUGCAGGGGAGCAAAAAGGGAUUUCCCCCUGUCCCCGCAAAUUCAUUAGAUUAUUGUUUGAUUUUUGCCUGGUGUUGCAGAGUGCACUCCAAACUCCACUGGCUUUAGAAACCUGGGCAGCCCAGGAUGCUGCAGGCAUGUGCUUUCUACUUCUCUUAAUUUCCCCCCGUGGCCUGGUUCGAGCUUGAACUAUUUAUUUGUUUCAUCCAGGAUAUUUGUACCCUGCUCUUCAGCCAAAAAAAGUCUCCCAGAGCAGCUGACAAUAAAUCAUUUGAAAUGAGACACUCCUGACUAGCAGGCUGGCCAUCUAAAAAAGACACAGCACUAAAGGGAAAAGGAGCAGGGAGGGUGGAAGAAGAAAGCAAACUCACUUUUAAAGUUAAAUAGUCUUAACAAUGACCAACUGGUGGUGUUGUUGUGUUUUUGUUGUGUGUGUGUGUGUGUGUGUGUGUGUUUACAUGAUGCACUUCUGCCUUAGAAAGGUAAAAAAAGGUGUUUCAGAAGGGAUAAUUAAAAAAAAAAAUUAAAUCUGCCUGGGGAGUAAAAAAGCUUGUUCAAAAGGGGUGGUGGUGGAAGUGACUUGGAGAAUCAAUUGUUUCUGUAGCUAUACACAGAGCUGUUUGUCUUCUCAAAACUCCCAGUGAGGAUAAUUUCGUAUGGAAUCUGAUGCCUGGCACAGAAUCUGGUAAUUGGAUUUUUUUGAAAAGACUUUUUUUUAUUGAAGCACAAGUAUAUGCAUUGCGAGAUGGAAAAGCAAAUAACAGAAAACAAAUGUGGAUAAGACAGCUUAUAACAAAUAUAAAUUGCCAUAGCCCAGAAGACCUAUAAAGAGGAUUACUUUCAUGAGUUGGGCAAGUGUGCCUUUCAAAUUAGAGGAUGGAAGAUGAAUCCCCGGCACCCCUUUGUUGGUGUCAGAUGGGUGGGGAGCAGGGGCAGAGCUGGGUCUCCGGCACCCGGAGCGGCACACAUUGCCGUGCACCUGGGGGCGGGGCCGACCCGCCCAAGGGGCGGGGCAAUCCACCCAAAGGGCCGAUUGGCGUGACUGCACAAUACUCCUUGGGGGCGGAUAUUGACGCAGCGCCACGAUCCUCCCCUACAGCAAGGAAGGAGGAAAGCCGCAGCUUUGCCGCUUGCAGCUUUGUCGCUCACCAGGCUUGGAGUAGUUGUGGGUGGGGGGGCCACGCCGAAUGCCACCCCCCUUCAGGAUGACACCCAGGGCGCCCCACACACCCCGCACCCCCCUUCCUACACCCCUGGUGGGGAGCGGCUUUCACUCCAAGGGCCACGCAAACUUAUAAGGAAGCUUUGGGGGGCCAGCAGUGAGUGUGGCCAGACAGAGUCAUUGGCAGAAUACAGGCGAUGGCUCUAACCUUGGCACAAUAGGCCACAUAUUCCAUCCACUCAAAAAUCAGAGGUUUUCACAUCCACACCCACAAGACCCGCAUCUCUUCCUCUUCCUGCCAGGCAAGCAAGGAGGCAUCCUCUGAGUUCAAAGACACAUUCCCAGUUAGGCAAAAACCUCCUGAUGAGGCCGUGGGGAAGGGCCAGGGAGGUUUAUUAGAAGGGGGGGGCGGUCCUGGGAAGGAAAUGUGACCCCAAGCGCCAGAUAGAGAGGCCUAGAGCGCUUCAUUCAUGCCUGAGGCCUAAGGUUCCACACCCCCCGAUAAAAUAGAUUGAGGAAAGCGACAGUCACAUCCACACCACACAUUUGAAGCACUUUUAUACCGCUUUAGCAGGCAAGUCUCUCCCCCCCCCCAAAAAAAAAAUUCCAGCAACUGUUUUUUUAAAGGGUGCUGGGAAUUGUAGUUCUAUGGGGUCAGCACCCUUAACAAACAACAAUCCUCAAGAUUCCUUGGGGGGAUCCCUGUCUGUUAAAGUGAUAUCAGAGUGCUUUAAUAUUUUUAAAUGUCACUGUUGGCUUUUAAAUUUUGUUGCAUAGCGCAUAACACAGGUUACAAAUGCAAAAACAACAGAACCGCCGUAGCAUAACGGGGCACAUCAGUUGCACAGAGAAGUGUCACAUACAGACGUAAAGAUCAGUUUGAGAAUCUGUAGGGACAAUUUAAUCAAGAAUAUGUCUAGGAAAUAGCUCCAGCUAAGAGGUGUCCCUUCCCCUCCAGUAGUUGGGGGUAUUUUGCCUCCCUGCCUAGCUGUGUAACACAAAAAGGGAUUCCAUGUGCCUUAAAAUUUGUCACAUGCAGGGUUUUGUUUUUUUUUAAAAAAGAAACUUUCCUAUAUUUCACGCUACAAAUAUAAAUAGAGUAUGCUAGAAAAUCUGUAAUCUUCAACCUUUUCUGAAUGGAUUACAACCCUUGAUGACUUAAUUUUUUAAUUUUUGGUGUUGGAAAGACGGGGUUACAAGUGGCGAAAUUCAUUUUCAAAAUGGUCUUGUGGUGAAUGUGAGAGUAUACCCACCCCCACACCCCACUGUGUGUUUUGGGUUCUGCAGGUUCUGGAUUCUGACCCAGUGGAUCAGACGCAGGAGGUGGAAGAGGACCUGGGUCUGCUCUACGACAGCCUUGAGGAAUGCAACAACAGUGACAGCGGCCCCGAGAUAGAGGAUAACGAAAGCGUCCACAGCACUCCAAAGCCCACCCUGAGGUAAGAGCCGGCAGGAGGUGAGGCAAGAAGCUCAGGCCUCGUACUAACGGGAGACUCGUAGGGUUGCAAGGUCUUCCCCUGUGCCCUGGAGGCCAUUUCCUCCUUCCCCAAAGCAGACACAACCCCCCAGGCAGACGCCGUGCCGGGCAGGGGGUUGGACUUGAUGGCCCUUGUGGUCUCUUCCAACUCUAUGAUUCUAUGAUUCUAUGAAAAACAAGACCGUUCAGCUGCAUGCACACCCUGCAUUUAAAACACCUCAGGAAUCCUGGGAACUGUUAGGAGUUGCUAUGGAUUGUAGCACAGUGCAGGGCAUUUAUUAUCUACUUCUUUAUUAAAUGUGUAACGCCACCCUUCACCCAGAGAUCUCAGGGCAGCUCACAGCAUAAAAAACAGGCCAUUUGGGCAGGUUAGAAUGUGCUUUAAAUACACUUUAAAUGUUCGCAGCCUUGGUUUCCUUUCCCACCGUGAAGCCAGGCUCCUUGACGGUGCCCCAGCGGCAGGGUGUGACUUAUGAGGCACAGCUCCUGCACUUUUGAUUCAUUUCCUGAGGGGGAAAGAGGGAGGUUUGGGACUAUAAAGUAGCUGGGUGAUAGAUGCUGAUAACUUGAGGCUGACCUUGGAUUUGACAGGCUGAUAGAGAGCCCUGUGUAAGCCCCACCAGAGACCGACGUGGAUUGAUGGAGCAGGAUAGCCCCUCCUUCGAGAGGCUGCACUGCCUGAGGGAGGGGAGGGCGUUACGAUCACAUCCAUCCCUGCUUCAGAAGCAGCCCUUUCGCGUGUGCGGUUGGAAGAGGGGCAGAGAGGAAGAUGGUGGAAAAACAGUUGCAUCUCAGAGCCUGGUAGAGGAGAUAGGCCCAGCCACCUCACUUAGCAGCUGUGUUUAACUGGCUUGUUCUCUGCUGGGCCAGGCUGGAGCAAUGUGGAGAGACAGAACAUACAUAUUGGUAUUUCAUAUUCUCUUACGAUCCUGCAGAUCCCCUAUCUCAUCAUAGAGCUGAGGAAAGGGUGCAGAAAAGCACAACCAAAUGAUCAGGGCAGGAGCAACUCCCCUGGCAGAUAAAGAUCAAAACUUCUGGAACUUUGGGGUUCAGAAAAAAAAACACUCUUGGGAGAUGGAGAUGAUAAAGCAGGACUGGGGAGCCUGUGCCUGGACUCCUGACUCCCAGUUGCCACAGGCAGCAUGGCCAGCGGUCAAACAUGACGGGAGUAGCAAUUUUACUACAUCUGGAGAGCCACAGGGUCCCCAACGCUGGGACAGAAGUUUUGAAAAGUGUACAUGGGUUUGAAGAACGGGGAUGGUAGGUUUCAAUCAAGGUAAUGGAUUUGGCAGUGGAUUCAAGACUACUGGCCUCUGUAGUUGCAAAAUGUGGUGAUGGGCACCAGUUUAGGACAGGGAUGGUGAACCCAUGGCCUGCCAGAUGUUUCAGGAGUCCAGCUCUCAGCAUCCUCAAUUGUGGGCCAUGCUGAUUGGAAGCUGAUUGAGUCCAGCAACAUCUGGGGGAGCUGUUGGUUCCUCACCACUGACUGGCUUUGAUGGUUUUCAAGGGAUGGAGAUGGGACAAAUUCACAAAGGAUACGUUAACCCAAUGGUUGAUCCUAAUUUUAAACUGGUACCUCCAAUUAUGUAGUCAGUUGCAGGGUUGGGGGGGGGCGCUUGUAAAGCUUCUAGGAAGUGUCUGGUUGGCCUUAUUGCAGAUAUUAAUGUUGCACAGCUUGAAGCAGCUGGAUGCAUAAAAACUGACUCCUUUUGGAACCGAAGCAUUGGCCAGACCCAUUAGAUAUUAUUCAAAAACGACUUCCGGCGUGGUGCACUUGAGGAGCAGGUCGGGGAAAGUGCUCUGCUUCAGUCAAGCACACCCAUUGUGGAAAAACGAGAGGGGGGGCACGAAGGUGACGCUAACCCCCCGAAAAAAACUGGAGAGGAGGUCUCCAGCCAAAAGCACUGAGCGGCGCAAAAAGGGGUUUCCUCUUACUUCAUACCACCGAAAAAUAUAUAAAAGCAGUGAGGAAGGAAACAGGGGUCUGUAUCUCCUCACAGCCUGCAUUCCAGACUGCAUCCUUCCUUAGGAUACGCAGCUCCUGGAGAGUCUUUUACAUCCCUACAGAGUCUGGGAACAAAGACUUCAGUCAACACCCUUCCAAAAUGGCAAAUUUGCAAUUCAGUACCUCUCAUGUGAUGUAAGGUUAAAACUCCAGCCUGAGAACAAUAACAGUUAAUUAUCAGCCCAUCAAGGCAGCUCAGAGAGCCUUUUUUGCUCUGAAUUUAGCUUCAGAGGAAUCUUCCAGUUAAACCCUUCCACCAGUGCACACUGGCAUUCCCAUUUCAUUGUGAAUUAAACCAAUUAUACUUAACUGGUUUCUCUGUGAAACAGGAUGCUGGAUUAGGUGAGUUUUUUGACCUCUGAAAUAUUGAUAUCCCUGCUGAUCUCCAGCCAUCAGACCCAGCAGGAAAAGGUCCUGCUCAUUGCAAAGGAUGAGAAUGUGGCUUUAUGCAACCUCCCAGAACGCAGAAACUCCAUAGUGAGGGAGUGGCUGCUGGGAGUGGCCUCUUACAUAGUGACCUUGAUGCAUGGCCAGUGAAAGGUCAGAGGUGCACAUCAGGCACAGAGGUCACCUUGAGACAUAUGAUGGUUGUCCUUGCAAAGGUUACAAGCCUACUUGGUUGCUACAUGUGCUUGCUAAAUGCUUUGCAGCUCACUGGUGACCAGAGAAGAGCAAGGGAAACCACUCUCUUCCUGUUUAACAAAAGCUUUUUGGCUGCUCACCUGGAGGCAACUGUGACUCUUCCAACAUCUUCACCUACAUUUGAGGUUCCCAGUCAUUACGUUUGUCUGUACUGUCUAGAGCUGCAGCUCUGAUGCACCAGGAACAGUCGGACAGGGUAGGGGGAGCUGUUGAAGUUGUGUCAGGCGUCUGAAGUCAGACACAGCCUAAGUCAUUCCCAUCCCCUCUGCUGACACCCCAGCAGAGGUCUGUACAGCACUCAGGCAGGCCCUUGGCGUAGAUCUUGCAGCUAUAAAAUCCAGGCCAGAGCUUGAACCACUUGCCUUUGCCUCUCUCUCUGGGGCUUCUUAACAACCUCAUCAUAUUGCAAUGUCUGCAGUUUCUUGCUCAGCGAAGUGCUGUGGCUCAGCGGCAGGACAUGUGCUUUGAAUGCAGAAGGUCCCAGGUUCAUUCCCUGGUAUCUCCAGGUGUAGGCUGGGAGAGACUCCUGCCUGAAACCCCGGAGAACCUCUGCAAGUCAAGGCAGACCAGGGUUAGCAAACCUUUUGCAACCCGAGGGAGGCGUUGCCUUCUGGGCAACUUUUCCAGAGCCGCAUGCCAAAUGUAACUUUUGUGCAAAUUCUAGCGUGGCAAAAACCACUCGAGAGCACAAAGCAAGGAUGGUGAAGGGAAAGGUGGUGGUGUUGCAGAGGGUGUGUGGUCUGGGCCAGAUGAAGAAGCCUGGGGAGCUGCAUCUGGUCCUGGGCCUGAAGUUCCCCACCCCUGGGUGUAGCCAAUAGAUGGACCAGUGGCCUGAACUGGCCUAUAGCAGCUUCCCAGUUUAGUGGAACGGGGAGGACGUGACUUUUUCUGCCUGGAAACAGGGGUGCUUUGCUCUUGCGGUGUCCUUUCUCUGCCUCGAAGGUGAAGACUUGCUUUCACGCUGCUCAACGGGCCCCACCACCUCCCUCCACCCACCCCCCGCAACUGUCUUUGUGUGUCCAUGUCAGGCCAGGCCAGGGCUCUGGUGACGGGUUUUUUUGCUUGUGGUGCUUCCUGGGGCAGAGGCUGGGGAGGGGUUUGAGCCCAGGGGGCGGGGCGGGUGAUGGUGACUUCACUUCUCCCUCAUUUCUCUUUCUCUCUGUCUGUCUGUCCGUCUGUCUCUCUGUCUGUCCGUCUGUCUGUCCGUCUGUUUCUCCUGCAGGCGCUUCUUUGAGGGCGUCUCUCACUCUGGUUCCCAGACUGAGAUCAGCAGUCUGCACGGCCAAAAGGGGCAGGAGCGAGAGUCGGGCAGCCCUGUGAGUUACUCCUCCUCCUCCUCCUCCUCAUCUUCCUCCUCCUCCUCCUCCUCUUUCCCCCUGCUAGCAGCCUGCCUGCCUGGGCCUGCCCCCCGCAGAACAGCAGUGGGGAACCUGUGGCCCACCUGAUAUUUACCGGACUCCAGCUCCCAUCAGCCCCAGCUUGCACGGGUAAUGGGAGUUGUAGUCCAACAACAUCUGGAAAGCCUCAGGCUCCCCCCGCCACCGUUCCAGAACCGGCCUGCUGUCGAGAGCAAUCCCUGUUACAUUUCUUCCUCCUUUCCCCCACCCCACCCCCUGUCUUUUCCUGGAUAAGCUGCUUCUUUUCACAGUAUAGGAGAGGUGGGUUAACUGGACUUACUGGCUCAGCCGCUGGGGUCACCCUGGUCCCUGCAGUGCUGGGGAUUGGGCUUCCCUGCCCCCUGACCUCCGCCGCCAUGUUGCUUCUCUCCUGGGGCGCCUAAACCAAGCAAAGUGUGUUUUGGAAGGGUUUUGUUUUCCCUGUGCUCAGCACCGACCUGCUUCCUCUCUCUUCUUGGAGAUGCCGGAGGUCCUAUCUACUAACUUAUUCAAACUUUUAUUCUCACUCCUCUCCCCACUGCCUCCUCGCCUGUCCCCGUUCGCCCAGGGAGAAGCAGAGAAGCGGAAAGUGGGUGUCCCUCGUGCCCAAGACGAGGGUGUCAUGGAAACAGCGGCUAUGGUGAGUCCAGCAUGAUGGGUGAUUACCAGCUCUCUCCAGGCAAGGCUUUGCUCAUUUUGUUAUGCUGUUUUUGUCUGGUCAAUAUGAAGGGUAUUUGCCAGAAAAACCGACAUUCUGUCGCCUAUCCCAGUAUUCCUUCAGCAAUUAGAGCUGUCCUGCACUCUAGGAACUCCCAGAGCACAACUGGAUCAUCUGUGUGGAUCUCAAAAUGGUCAGCUUCCUGCUUGGACAACAGAAAAGCUUUACCUGAAUAACAACAGCUUGUAGAUACCACUGGGAAACAAAAAUAGCAGUCACUUGUGUGAUCCUUUGGUUCUCACCAAACCAUGGGAACCCCAAAAGGCAUACUCUUCCAUUUUCCUUUUGUCCAGUCUCUAAGCAUUUCCUCACAAUUGUGACAAACAAUAUGCAGAGCCCAUUUCUUGUCUUGGUUGCCCAGGGGAAUUUCAAAAUUUCAAAAUAGCUUUUAUAGGCACGCCUCACAAACGCUGUUAUAUUGCAUCUUUGACGAGGAAGUGCGUAGCAGCCACAUCCAUAACAAAAGGCAUCAGGCUUGUUUACACAUUUUUGUCUGCUUGAAGAAGCCAUGGUCCGAUCUGAAAAAUACAAAUAUUUAGGUUACAAAACUAUAAAAAUAAAGAAAAAUUAAGUUUGCAAGACAGUAAUUACCAUAUGGUUAGGGUAGAUCAACAUGUUCAUGUAUCCCCAGUGUAAAUAUGACAUACAGUGGUACCUCGGGUUACAUACGCUUCAGGUUACAGAUGCUUCAGGUUACAGACUCCGCCAACCCAGAAAUAGUACUUCGGGUUAAGAACUUUGCUUCAGGAUGAGAACAGAAAUUGUGCUCCGGCGGCGCAGCGGCAGUGGGAGGCCCCAUUAGCUAAAGUGGUGCUUCAGGUUAAGAACAGUUUCAGGUUAAGAACGGACCUCUGGAACAAAUUAAGUUCUUAACCUGAGAUACCACUGUAUCGGCAAAAGUCGGAAAUUGAAAGAUAACAAUAGCAUGUACACAAAAAUUGAUUUCAGAUUUGAAAUCAGCAUUGAAAGAACAUAUAAGAACAGUUGAAAAAUCUCAUGCAACAGAAAAUGGAAAAAAAAAAAUUGUUCCCCAGUGUAAUUUAAUGAAGAAUGUAGUGCAAUAAUUUUUAUGAAGGAUUAUUUAUUACAACAGCAGUCAUAAAGAUGAAACAUGAAACACAUAGAAAAAGUGAGGUAUGCAAAAAUUCUCACAGGGACGCUGAAACAUAAAGCAACAUAAAAGCAAUACAAAAUAAUCGUUAACAUGAGCAGCUGAUCCCGAAAGCUUGUACAGCUGCGCAGGCAUAAGAGGGUUUUCAAGCUGCUCUUGGAAGUCAGAAGCAAGGAUGCUUGCCGGAUCUCUGCCGGCAGAGUGGCCAGGGACACCAAAUACCCAAUUUCUAGCUGAAGCUGAUCUGCAACUUGGGGGGCAGAGGGUGGGAACAGAGCUCUUUUCCAGGGCUGGCUCUGCGCAUUUUGCCCAAGGGUACCUGCCCAGGGGAAGAGAAGCUGGCUUGCUCCUGUCAGUCAGGCAGGGGAAGCGGCUGGCUUGGUAUACUAGCUGUUUGAUGUUACCAAAGAGUGAAAGAAGAAAGACUUUCUGUGCAUCCCCUCAGGAGCUGGAGGCUGAGGAAUCCUGCCCAGGAGGACCUGGCGAGACAGUCCUGAAGGAGAGCAGCGUGGACAGGCUGACCCAGCUGAGCAGCAGCAGCAAGCCAGAGUUCCCAGCCACGGUUUCUCCCAGGUAAAGAAAGCCUCUCUCUUGUGGCUGGUGGCGGAACAGCGGCUGCUAGCCUGUCGCUGUUUUGCGGGUGGGAUUCUGUCGCAUGCUGGCAAAUCCAGGCGGCGCGACUGAAGUGCUCAGGCGACCGCAAGCCGCCUGUGGUCGCAGUGCUCUGAAUGGGGAUGGAAGAGGAGCAGGGCCUGGUGGAGGGGACACUGCAAGAGGAGCGGCUUGAUAAUGGCGCAGUCUGGAUACUCGGGGAAAAGCGAAUGAACAAAGCACAGCAAUCCUGAGUUAAAACACCUUGUGUGGAAGCAGCUUGAAAGAGCUAAAAUGCAAUGAAUUGUAACUUAGCUGAUUUGACAGGCACCCACCCACCAAGAAUGUCUCCCCUGGAGAUCCUUCCAGUCCUAGGUUUGGCACGUAGAUACUGAAAGCAGGGAGAGGUGAUCUUUGGAGGCAUGGUGGCUCUUCCCUGCUCUCUGAAUCCAUGUGAAAGCCACACACACCCCGCAAAUGUCUGGGACCCAGUGGGGUCUCUCUGAGCCUGGGCUUGUCACUUCCGCCGCUGACUUUCCUGCUGCAGCUAGUGGCAGCUGCUCAGUCGCCUGGCAGGCUUCUCUUUUUGCCACCCGCCAGGUCCAGCUUCCUCUGUAUCACUUCGACAAACCAGACUUUUGCCUUUCAGCAAAGUUGAGAACAAGCAGUUGUGGCGGCCGCGCAGCAUGUCCGUCAAGGACAGGCAGAACUCCAAGGGCCAGGGCGAUCGGACCAGCAGCCUGGACAGCGAGAGCUCCCCAGACUCACGGCAGGGCACCCAGGUCAGGCAGUGGGGUGCGGGGAGGGGCUUGCAGGGGGAGGAAGGGUUUCCCCCCCCCCUGGGAGGGAGGUGAGUGAAUCGCUUGGAAGCGGUGGGUUGAUGGGUUUUCUUUCCUCCCUUCCUUUUUCUUUCCUCCCUUUCUUUCUGUUGUCCCUUUCUUUUCUUCUUCCGUUUUUCUCCUUAUGUAUCUUUUGUAACUGUAAUUUUACCGUAUUGUGGGAAAAGGUCGAUUAAAAAAUAUAAUAAUAAUAAUAAUAAUAAUAAUAAUAAUGGGGUGGGUUGGUGGAGCUCUGAGAUGAAAAGAAUUGGCAGCUCCUGGCAUCAGAAAUGGGCCAAGCAGUGAAGGUUGGUCCAUUAGGGGGAAAGGGAAACUAUCCCAUCGUCCUUAACAACCAGUUAGGAAGUGAUUCUGUUUAUCAUUGGCUGUGGCGCCACCUACUGGUAGUCUCCUCGGCUUCGGCCCUACCAGUCCCAAUGGACACCAGCCACUGCUGGGGCCACGAGGUCUUACCUGCCUUUGCCAUCCUCUAGGUCUUUGCAUAGCCAGCCCAAGGGUGGCUGUGGGUUCGUGCCAGUCUGUGAAUGCUCCUCUGUUGUGCUAUUGCAGGUGCCCCGAAAGUCUGUGUAUGAUCAGCUCAACCAGAUCCUGGUCUCGGAUGAGCAGCUGCCCGAGAGCAUCAUCCUGGUGAACAUAGCCGAGUGGCAAGGCCAGGUAAGGGAGCCCUGGGGAUGGGCAGGGAAGCCUUGAUACCACCUUCCUGCAUCUUGCAUGCCUCUAAAGCCAGCCUUUCCCAGCUGGAUGCCCUUUGGGUGCUUGUUGGACUCCAUCUCCCAUUAGCCCCAGUCAGCAGGGCCAGUGGUCAGUAAUAUGCAUGCUGGAAGCAGCUCUUUGGGGUUUCAGGCAGGGGGUUCUCCCAGCCCUACCUGGAGAUACCAGGGAUUGAACCUGGGCCCUCUUCUAGGCAAAGGCAGGUGUUCUACCCCUGAGCCACAGCCCUUUUCAGUGGGUUUUCAGCUCCCCCAUAAAAUGUCACCCUCUAUUAUUAUUAUUUGGACAUUGAGCCAGAGCUUUGCAAAUGCUGCUGGAGGCUCCGGCUCAAGGAAACUCCCCAGCUUGAGAGUAAAGAAGAGGCUUAGUUCACAUGAACAAGCUGGGAGAAACACCCCAAGCCCAAGUGAUCUGGAGCAGAGGCCCUAAGCUCUCUUGAGUGCUUCCAGAUGGGUAUUUAUUGUGGGAUGAACACUCCUCAUGCAUGCAAAAAAUAUAUAUUAAAAAUGCUGCAUCCCUGCAAUAUAAUUGGCAUCAAGAUGUCAGCUCCCUAUCCCUUCUCAAAUUUAAUUUUCCAAGAAAAACCCACUGUUAAAUAAUUAAAAAACACAACUGUUGCCAAUGACCCAUUUGCAAUAUUUGAACCACCCUCUUACAAAAUUAAAAACCCUCAGCUGGAAGCACUGCCAACCAGGAAGCUUCAGUGGCUACAUGUUUGUUUCCAGAGCGGAUUUUUAAAGUGUGGGUAAAAGCCUCUCCAGGCUCAGGCAGGUUCAUAUGAGCACAGAGACUCCUUCAAGUAACCUGGGUCUAAAGCCAGAAUGGGGAACCUUAGAAAUGCUAAUGAUUCUCAAAUCAAGCCAACAAAUAAAUGAAACCAACCUGUGGCUCCUCUAGAUCUUGCUGGACUGAAAAAUCCCAUCAUCCCUGACCAUUGGCCAUGCCGACUGGGGGCAAUAGCUUGAAAUUCAGCAUUCUAGAGGGCACCAUGUUGGCGACUCCUGGAUUCGGGGGAGGGCUCUGGUACCUCCCCAGCAAGUUAUUUUUGCAAAGUGUUUGCAUUUCUUCUUCAUCCCAUUCCUGCCUCCUAUUUCUGGUUUCCUCUCGGCAGUAUCUGUGCGACCAGCUGCAAGAGCACAAGCAGCCCAUUGUCUCCACCUGCUCCAUGGCGGAUGUGCAGGCUGCUUUCAACACCAUCGUCUCUCGCAUCCAGAGAUAGUGAGUAUUGCCGGCGGGCAGCAACAAACCAGGGUCCGAGUGCCCCAUGUUGGUUUUUCAGGUGGACCCCGAAGAAAGGACUUUGGGGGUUCAUGUAUGCAGGGGUUGCAGCCACCCAAGUUGCUAAGUGGUGUGCGCCUGAACCCUCAGGCUUGCGCGCCACACGCAUGAACUCAACAUGCAGGUCUCUAGGAGGAUUGGAAUCUUCUGUGUUGAGUUGCGUUCAUGAAAAAUGCCUGUGUGCCUUUAACCCUUAUAAAGAACGUGUCAUGCCAGGAUGUAGGAAAAGAUUGGUUUGCUACACGGAAAUAAAACAAGAAUACAGUCAUACCUCGGGUUACAGACGCUUCAGGUUGCGUUUUUUCAGGUUACGGUCACGCCAAAACCUGGAAGUACCGGAACGGGUUACUUUUGGGUUUCGGCGGUUGCGCAUGCGCACAAGCGCUAAAUCGCUCUUUGCGCACGCGCAGAAGCGCCGAUUCGCAACCUGCACGUGCGCGCACACGGUGCUACGGGUUGCGAAAGUGAUUCCCGCACGGAUCAUGUUCGCAACCUGAGCAUCCAUGUGUGGGCAGCAACCAUUAGACACCCACACCUUGAAAUCUGUAAAGAGAGGGUCUGAUGACCCCCCAAAGCCUGGAAAGUAAGUGCAGAAAAACCUGAUCUUGAAGAAAACGGAACUCAAAGGCACAGAACAGAGAUUUGAGCCUUCUGCAAGUGCUAAGCUCUACUCUUCAGACCCCUGUGCUUGGCAAGGGGACAGCUUCACUCACCGUGGUCCAGCAAACUAUAGGAUUGAUCCUUGAGGUCCUUGAGGAGCAAAGAGGGGGUCCCAUUGAAGCCGUGAGCUGGCCAGCCAUUGAAAAUACGGAGUUUAUAGUUUGUGGAGAGGGAGUUUCCUGAGUAACGUAGUUCAGAAGUCCUUUGAACUAUGUGUUUACUGGUUUGAAGUAAAGAGGAUGAAGCCUUGCUUUUGGGAAGACUGCAUCUUUAUCUCUGUGGUUUCUGGAUAAGAAAUGCACCUUGAAAGAGAUGUUGAUGUCUGAGUAAAGUCUGGUUCCUGCAAUAAUAUAAGCUUUUCUGGUAAAUACAAGGAUUAGUGUGCUGAUGUUUUCUGCAGCUAUUAGGUCAGGAUGUUAGUCAUUCAUUCCAGGUAGUGAGCAGAGACCGAGACAAGACUGGGCAGGGCACCAGUGUUUCUCUCUCUGCCACCCCUUCUCCCUCCCUCUUUCUCCCUCUUUCUGCCACCCCCCUUUCUUCUGCCACCCCUUUCCCUCUUUCUCUCUCCCCCCUCCUUCCCACUCGCAUGGAACCGCUCCUGGUUUUGUCCAAAGGGUGGUAGAUUCUAGGCUUUCUGAUGGCAGUGGAGUAGUGAGGCGCCAGGGCGUGGGGUCAGUAGUUUGGCUGUGCUCUUUCCGGGGGGCUGCUUCUUUGUGAAUCUCUCAGCCUCUCUCUUCCUCCGGCAGCUGUAACUGUAAUUCCCACAUGCCUCCCCCAGUGAAAGUGGCCGUCGCAGGGGACCAGAGCUACCUGAGCAUCGUCCUGCGCUUCUUUGUGGAGCAGCUAGCCGGCAAGACCCCGGACUGGCUCAACUAUCUCCGUUUCCUCGUGGUGCCGUUGGGUAAGAGCUUUGCCAUGGGGUGGGGUGGCUGUCCUGGAAGGCCGCUGUGUCUUCCCUGCUAAGAUGUCCGCCCUGGUUGACCUGUGGGAACGUCCCUUUGGCCUCUCCAACUGGAAAAAGAAAAAGAUGGGCUGGAAAUAGUGGAGGCAAACCAGGCGAAACAGGAUUUUGCCCUUUGGCACAGCUUCCUAAGGCGGUACAAGCUUUGCUCUGCUUGCCUUCUCCAGUGUCGUAGGUAUUUAUUUAUUUAUUUUACAAAAUGCUUCCUUUCCUCUGUGUCGUUCGCAGGCUCUCAUCCUGUGGCCAAGUACCUUGGCUCUGUGGACAACAGGUACAGCACCUUGUUCCUGGAUGCAGCCUGGAGAGAGCUGUUUAGCAGAAUUGAGCCCCCUAGUUCAGGUAAGUAGUCCAAGCAGGACUUUUUAAAGACAACAUCUUUAUUGAAAAUCCAAAAAGUACAUAAUUAUAUUUGAGACGUAGAUAAAAGAGAGAGAAAGAGAAAUAGAACCCGUGUAGAAGGGGAAAGAAAGGGGGGGGGACCCAAAACUAUAUUUUACAAAGUUGUUCUUGUGCUUCACCAGAUCUUAACCUAUAACAGUAUUUGUAAGAAUGGAUUCCAAAUAUCAUGGAAUUUGUCCAUGGCAAGUCUGCGUUUAUAUGCAAGUUGUUCAUAAGUUGCGAGUUUGUAUACUUCUUCAAUCCAAUCGUAGAAGGGAGCCACAUUUUUAUUUUUCAGUCUUUUUGCUGUGGUAAGGGCACGGACAGUCCACUCGUAUUGUCCUUUUGUAAGGUUCCAUGUGCUGGGUAUAUAACUCAAGAGGAUGUUUUGCUCUGUAAAUGUCAGGUUGUUCCGUACAGUUCUGUUGAUAGUUUCAGUUACCUUCUGCCAAAAAUCUUUCAAUAUAGGACAAAGUAGGCCUGUCUCCAGCUGGGGAGGAGCAGGGUGGGACCGGGUGGGAUGGGGCAGGGGCCUUGUUCCUUGAGGAUGUUCUGCCUCGUCUAACUCUUCCACUCGCCUCCUUCCAGACACAGUGGAUGUCCCUGGUCGGGUCGUCCAGUUCAUCACUGGCGCCAAUGUAUCCCACCAGUUGCCCAUUUCCGAGGCUAUGUUAACCUACAAGCAGAAGAGGUAAGAGACCAUCUUCCUUUCACACACACACACACACACACACACACACACACACACACACACACACACACACACACACACACACACACCAUGGGCAAACGAAGGAGCUACUUAGACCCACCUUCUACACCACAUGGGACCCUAUCAUGGGCCAUGACUGCUUCCCCGGAUUCCCAAGGGAUAGUGUGCUGGGUUGGGCAGUGGUGCAGAAGCUACAUAGAGAGUCCCACUCUUUGUUGCUGGCUUUUCCCUGGCUCCUGGAUGGCUCCAGUGUCUCUGAACCUGCUCCUGAAGCACAGUAGGGUUGAGAGCAGAAGGAACAGGCAGCUCUUCUGUCAUGGGGCAGAGAAGAAAACCUUCUCCCAGGCGCCAGGAGAAAGGCAGGCCCGGUCAGUGGUUUUUGGGAAUUGCAAGUACUGUUUCUGUGCUUCCUCCCCCCGCAGUUCAGGUGUGUGGGGUACUUCAAGCCCUGCUGUUCUCUGCUUGCCCCUACAGCCAUCGGGGACUGGCACACAGUACGUACGGCUGGCUUGCUGCACUCCCCGCGGGAGCUUCUGCAGGGUUAGGGGCUCUGCUUUGGGCCGGGACAUGUCCUGGGAUGGGUGUCACCACGCCCCAGCCAGGCAGGGAAGCCUGUGAGUUUUGGGCACAGGGGAACUUCAUAUCCGUCAAACUGGGGGUGGUGGUGGGGUGUCCUUCAAACUCAUUUCAGAGUCUUGGAGCAUCAAGUGGAAGCAAAAUGGGCGCUGGCUUCUGAGCACUGCAUCUCCACCUCCAACUCGCCACUUACAGUAGUUUUACUUGCCACUAAGUUAGACCUUGGACGCGGGUGGUGCUCUGGGUUAAACCACAGAGCCUAGGACUUGCCGAUCAGAAGGUCGGCAGUUCGAAUCCCCGCGACGGGGUGAGCUCCCGUUGCUCGCUCCCAGCUCCUGCCAACCUAGCAGUUCAAAAGCACGUCAAAGUGCAAGUAGAUAAAUAGGUACCGCUCCGGCGGGAAGGUAAACGGCGUUUCCGUGUGCUGCUCUGGUUCGCCAGAAGCGGCUUAGUCAUGCUGGCCACAUGACCCUGAAGCUGUACGCUGGCUCCCUUGGCCAAUAAAGCGAGAUGAGCGCCGCAACCCCAGAGUCGGUCACGACUGGACCUAAUGGUCAGGGGUCCCUUUUGUUGGCUAUUUGCAGUUUAGUUGCGCUGCAGAAAGCUUGCUGGGGAGACCACACAUUACAAGGAACUCAAAAAUAACUUUAACAAGGUUUUAAUAAAAAAAACAAAAACUCCUUUUACACUAAAUAUAUCAAUAAGCAUGACCCAUCCACCAGGGUGCUGAGAGAGCUAGGUGCUGCUCUUUAUAUACUAUACCCAAUUGCUGACACAGCUUAAUUAACACAACUUAGCAGCACCUGCUAUACUGUUUCACAGCUGUAAAACUGGGUCUCGUUAUUUGCUCUGGCCCUUAAAGACAUACACAUCUUGUGGAACCAUAAUGAACCUUCACAUUUAAAGAGACUAUUCAACACCUUAACCUUUACCUUUAAGUUAGACCUUGGACUUGGCAAAAUAUGGGCAAUGAAGCUCAUGGAGCUGGGGGUUUUUUGCAGGCAUGGGCAACAUGUCAUUGAUGCAAUAAUAGUGCAUUAGUGGUAGAUUUGUACUGGACCGUUUUCACUUCAUUAUGCUUCAUUAGUUGUUUGGUGAUGCUUCCUCGAUGCGAUCUCAUUCUUGGCAUCAGAACAGGCCCUACAGCAAGGGUGGCCAACUGCAGCGACCACCACGUGCAGAAUUUGGCACAGUAUUUUGUGUGCAGACUGCAGAGCUUCGCUUUGGGCAGGGUUUGGCUUUUGACGUUCCUUUUCAGACAUCUGCAGCGGUGGAUGCCGGAGGUGUAGCGAUGCGUCACAGCAAUGCAUGUGUGCAGCUAGCUUGCCCACGGGCUGCCACACAGUGUGCCCAGGCGCUUCACAUAGUUAGCGCAAGCUUGUGGUUGUGCAACUCAAUGCCGCUGUCGGAAAACUGAGGCUGGGGAGAGAGGUUGCUUUGUGUUGGGGCAGGGCGGGGAAGAGUCUGCAGUGGUCGACUUAAGAGGAGUUCAUCCAUGGUGACCUGAAAACUCUGGGCUAGCCUAUCCCCACUGCACUCUGGGCUGGCCUAAUGGGAGGGGGGCCCAGUGGCCCUGCAGCUGUGUCAUAUUCCCAUCAGUCCCAGGCAAUGUGAGUUGUGGUCCAGCAACAUCAGGAAGGCCGCAGGUUCCUAACCUCUGAAAUAGAUGGUUUUACUACUCCACUGGCAACUAGCCUACAUGUAGUUUUCAGUCCUUCGCCAAGCUGGUAACCUCCAUCGUUGUAGGACUUCAAAUGCCAUCAGCCUCAGCCAGAGUCCCAGUUAGAGGGUAGAUCCACCUUCCCCAGCCUGUAGUUGGACUCCAACUCCCAUCAUCCCUGACUGUUGGCCAUGCUGGCUGGAGCUGAUGGGAAUCAGAGUCCAACAACAUUUGGGGAUCCAAGGUUGGCCAAUGCUGGCGUCGAGCAGAGUACGUAUUCUGGAACCCACUGCAAAGUGUAGCAGCUUUAGGGCAAUUUAUUCGGGGUAUUCCAGAAGCCGUGUGUGUUAGAUGCGGAAAAUGCUCUUCAAAAGCGUGAAAACUGUGGCAUCAGCUCCAGCAUCAGCCUACUAAAUCCCAAGAUCAGGUGGAGAGGACUCUGGGCGUGCUGUUGUCAUUUACACGGGACAUUUACAGGUCUGCCAGGGCAUCUGAGUAAGACUGUGUCAUAAAAAACCCCAAACAAACCCAAUUAUUAUUAUUAUUAUUAUUAUUAUUAUUAUUAUUAUUUUGUUAUGUAUAUGCUGCCCAUCUGGCUGGGUUGACCCAGCCUCUCUGGGCAGCUCCCAACGAAACCCAGCGGUGCCUGCCAGGCCUGGCGCCAGGAGUGGGCCCAGCUCAGUAUCUGCCUGUGCCUCAGCAAGGGGCCGUUGGCCAAGGAUGGAAGAGAGGCAGAACCCCUCUGGUGCUGUAAGACAUUAUGUGUACUGACAGCAGCCUCUGCCAAUCUGGUGCCCAGCCAGUAGUCCAGUUCCAGGUUUUACAGAACCAUCCCAAUCAAUUCCGUUUAGGCUACUGGAUGGAAUGGAAUGAUUCUGUAAAUAAAGAUGGUUCGCCGGCAGGUAAGAAGACAGUCUUUCCCAGUCUGAUGCUCUGCAGAUGUUUUGGGCUGGCCAAACAAGUUUUGCCUUCCUUUCUCUUCAUGCAGCUGUCUCCCCUCCACCACCUCUUUUCUCUUUUUGGCCCUUCUGCAGGAGACCCACCCCACCCCACCCCACCCUGGCCCUCCCUCUCCCUCUAACUAAGCAAGAGCCUCCCUCUUCUUUGGGGUCACUGUGCAGUUUGGACCCAGAGAGAUGAGGGCGCAGGCAAAUGGGCUGGGGUCAGAAGGCUGUGGGUCUUUAAUGGGGGGGGAUGAGGAUGGUGAUGAUGAUCAUGAAAUUACCCACCCUCCAUCCUAAGAUCCUAGGGUGGGUUACUAGUAUUAAAACAUGUUAGAAACACUUCAAAACAACUUACAAACAUACAGAAAGGUGGGUCCUAAAAGCAUGCACCUGAAAAGCCAGGUAAAGAGGUGAUGUCCCAGUCCCCCCUCCCAAAAAAAGAUCUGGAGCCAAAUGACAAUGCCUACAUUUUUAGUAUGAUUAUGGUUAAAUUCAUUUAAUCACCGGCAGGGCUCAGUGUGGCUGCCAAGUGGAGCAUUAAAAACAAUUGAAACAGAUGGCAAUCACAGGGAUAGCUGUUUGUUUACUAUUGGGUUUGUUUCCUGUUGCGCAGUUGUAUAGGCCACCCCUUAUCUGUACUGAUACCAGCGAAGGGCAAGCCAUAAACCCAGGGGGUGGGGGCCAUUUUCUAGCCCAUGGUUGCAUUCCUUUGUCUCCAACAUCCGCCAUGUGUGAUCUAGUUGAGAUUCCUGCUUUGCAGGGGGUCAGACUAGGUCCCUUUGCACUCUGCAGUUCUAUGCUCCUAUAAAUAGGCUGGGCAACCAAAACACAAACAUCGCAGGUGUCCCAAGGCCAGGGUAAACAGGUGUGUCUUCAGGGAGACAUCCCCCUUCCCCUACUUCUGACUCGGUUCACAAGCUCAGAACCUGGCUGCUCAGAUUCAGCCAGAAGAAGCUUCUCCCCCUGCUGCUCAAGAGUUCAGGACCCCUCUCCUCCCCAAAGCCGCCAUUCAGACGGACACCACUUCCGUGUGUGUGUUUGGGUCACCUCCCGGCGCCCGUCAUCUUAGUGACCGCUUACGUUCCAGCAGUUCUUUACGCCUCUCCCUCUUCUUGGUCUUUUUUCUUUCUUGUUUGUUUUGGCAUUCAAGGAAAAGAAGCCUCUAUUUUGAUUUUUAUAUCAGGUAUUGGAACUGUGGCUUGCUGCAGUGUUGCCCUUCUUCCCCAGUGUCUGUCCGUCUCCUCUUUGUCCAGGAAGAGAGCUGACUCCUGCCUCCUUUCUCCCGACCCCUGUCUUCUGCCUUGUGUGAGACAAGGGCUGCUGCCUGUUCCUGGUUGCAUGUUGGGGAGGGAAGGAAAGCCCCCCCCCACUUCCUCCUGAGCCUCUUAAGUGCAUCCAUCCCUGUGCUCCUCGUCUUAUUCCUUCCCUCCUGCAACCUUUCCUACGCCGUGUGAUCCUGUGCUCAGCAUUUGGGGUGGCCGGGGGUGGGGUUGCUUUGCUGCGUAAGGCAGAGGAGUCUGUCCUUCUUCCCUCGCCCCCCCCCCCGUCCCAUCCUAAAGAUGAGACGACAUCGCUUUGGCUUUCUCAGAACGGCUGCUUGUUUAUAACUCUUUGCUGGCUGGGGGGGGUGGGGCGGGGCGGAGGCUGCGCACUGACGAGACACGUCAACAAGGACAGGGACAAAAUAGCCUGGAUGAAGGUGAGGUGGGGUGGGGGCCAUGUCCCUUGGCAGCUCAGGAGGAUGGUGAGCAAAGGAUGAUGGGAGGUCCUGCUGGCUGCAUGAGCUACCCCCUUCUCCACAGUUGCCUUUCCAGGCCAAGGAUUCUUUCCAGGAGGGGGGGCGGGUUUGCAGCUUUUAAUUGCCUCUGCUCCAUUUCACAGCCCUGACGAGGAUUCCUGCCAGAAGUUUGUGCCGUUUGUUGGGGUGAGUGCUGUUGUUGGGGGGCCACUAGACCACUCAGAAAAGCCCUUGCCCUUCUCCUUGGCAGCACCCAUAUAACUUGUCUUGCAAGUUAAUGUUAAGAGAGCCAGUGUGGUGUAGUGGUUAAGAGCGGUGGACUCGUAAUCUGGUGAACCGGGUUCGUGUCUCCGCUCCUCCACAUGCAGCUGCUAGGUGACCUUGGGCUAGUCACACUUCUCUGAAGUCUCUCAGCCCCACUCAGCUCACAGAGUGUUUGUUGUGGGGGAGGAAGGAAAAGGAGAAUGUUAGCUGCUUUGAGAUUCCUUCGGAUAGUGAUAAAGUGGGAUAUCAAAUCCAAACUCCUCUUCUUCUUCUUCCUUUCACCUUCCCCAAGAGAGGAGGUAGUUUGGCAGGAAGCCACAGUCACUGUCCUGUGAGGUGUUUGUUCAACCUUUGCUGAUCUGGCACCUUCCAGACAUUUGGGACUACAACUCCCAUCAUCCCCUGCCAGCAUGACGAAGGCUGUGUUAGCCGCUCCUUGGCAUGGAAAGCUGGCUCUUGGCAAGUCUUUGGGUACUGACUGAGGCUUUUCUCCUUGUUCCUUGGCAGGUGGUGAAAGUGGGCCUUGUGGAGCAGUCCUUCAACACCUCAGGUGAGAAGAAGGCACUGAGCCAGGUGCCCGUAGGCUACGGCCAAGACAGCCUGGCUCUGGUCUCCCACCCAGCCUGCAUCUUGCAAGGACCCAGCACAGAUCCUUCUCCAAUUUGCUGGUGGGAUCUGGUGGCUGGGCUCUGUCUCCACAGUUAGAGGCAACAAUGCUUCUAAUAGCAGUUGCUGGAAACCGCAGGAGGGGAGAGGUCUCUUGUGGUCAUAGCUCGCUUGUGGGUGCCCCAUGGGCAUCUAUCUGGGUGGCCACUGUGAGAACAGGAUGCUAGACUAGAUGGUCUUAUGUAAUAACUGGAUCUUUUAAUGCUUGGUGUUUUAUUGUGUUCUUAUAUCUGUUGGAAGCUGCCCAGAGUGGAUGGGGCAACCCAGUCAGAUGGGCAGGGCACAAUUAUUAUUAUUAUUAUUAUUAUUAUUAUUAUUAUUAUUAUUGACUAGGCUAAGCUGUGUCUAACAACAGUAAGCUCCCCAAGGUGUUUUUGGUGCAAGGCUGUAAAUCCCAGCUUUGGGAGAGCAGGUUAUAUAAAAGAUGUAAAACAUACAAUGAAUGAGGGUGCUUCCAGGUGUCACUAUUUCCAGGCAGGAUUCAGUCACAGGCCAGAAAAUUAAGAUUGUGCAGGCUGUAAGGUUGCUAUUGCGCAAUAGAAACACAUGCCUGCAUGUAGUGGUUCUAGGGGUUGCUCAUGCGUAAGCCGGUGCAAACACCUGGCUGGGUUGCCUGAGUGAACCUUUUGUGUCCGGACAGCCACUCACCCGUGGCUGUCUCAAUCGCUGGCAGAAUCCGUCAGUGGGCGUUUCUUAAACUUCUUCCAGCAAAGAAGCUCUUUGACGCCUAGUCUCCUCCUACUCUCUCUGCACGAAAGCCUUCUGCGCAAGGAGGGCGUAGGCAGCGGAGGACCCCUACUCUCCCCGCUGGUCCCCGGCAAGGAGUCAUGGGACCACCUCGCCACUUCCCCCAUCUGCCCCCCUUCUCCACUGGUGCUACGCUGAUUCUCUUCCCCAGAAGAUGGGCUGCCUCUCCCAAUCCCGGGACGCUCUCUGGAAUCCCUCUGGAUUUUGCUCUCUCCCUCCGGCACUGAUGGCAGUUCCCUGACACUGCAGAAUCAAGACUUUUUUGCAAGAAGACGAAUGAUGGGGGAAGCCAUUGGGAAAGGUGGAGCGGCAUUUGAUUGAUGCAACAUCACCUAACCUUCCUGCAGACAAAGCAUAACAAAUUAUUAUUAUUAUUAUUAUUUAUACCCCGCCCAUCUGCCUGGGCUUCCCCAGCCACUCUGGGCGGCUUCCAACAAAAUAUUAAAAUACAGUAUGCAUCAAACAUUAAAAGCUUCCCUAAACAGGGCUGAUAUCUUCUAAAAGUCUGGUAGUUGUUCUCUUUGACAUCUGGUGGGAGGGCGUUCCACAGGGCAGGUGCCACUACCAAGAAGGCCCUCUGCCUGGUUCUCUGUAACUUGGCUUCUCGCAAUGAGGGAACGCCAGAAGGCCCUCGGUGCUGGACCUCAGUGUCCAGGCAGAACGAUGGGGGUGGAGACGCUCCUUCAGAUAUACUGGACCGAGGCCAUAGUAAACAUCUAAGACAGUCGUCUAAGCUUCCCCCAAACUUUGUGCUCAAGAAACGGGUCAUCUGGAAGCACUCUGAAUUGGAUGGAUGAUAAAAUGCCACCCGGGUCCUGAAAUCAGCCACCAUCUCCCUGGUAUAAUAUGGCCAUUUCCCCCCUUUCCUUAGUUGAUUCUGACGAUGUGACCAUCUGCACCACUUCGCUGCUCAGCUCGUCGUCUCCAUCUGGCGGAGGCGUCCCCUAUACCAAGGAGGUGGUGGGUACCCCUCCACCCUCCCCAUCGGUCAGCAGCGGGCUCUCGGGAGCUGGGUAAGUGGCACGCUUCCACCUCUGUCCCCCUCAGAACCUGCGGUGGUACAGUCCGGCCUCAGCUAUGCCAUGUGGUUCUGCUGCUCACCUAGCUUGGCUCGGGGUCCAUUUUGGUUGCAGCUUCUGUUUCCCCUCUUCCUUCCAGCAACCUGAGUCCCGGCGUGGAGGUGAUGGGCCUGCAGGUCGAUUACUGGACAGCGCAGGGUCCAGAGAAGAGGAAAGAGGCCGAGAAGCGGGAGACGGGCAUAAAAAACACCCUGAAGAGCAAUUUCCGCUCCCUGCAGGUCAGCCGCAUCCCUGGCCCUGGGGAGCUGACCGCCCCCAACACCAUGGCCAUGACUGUGGUCACCAAGGAGAAGAAUAAGAAAGGUAAUCUUCCCCAGAAGCAUCACAGCUCUUUGUUGUCUGCCUAUACCAGCUCAGCCUGCUCGUUUAUUUAUUGCUGUUAUUUUACUUUUGACAUUGAUUGGUUUCCUACUAGCCCAAGAGUCUUCUAGUUCAAACAGUGGUCCCUGAAUUACCAGCGAUCCCAUUUAGGUGGGCCAAGACGUGCCAAUGGAUUUGUGGUUGAAGACAGGAAACAGAACGUUCCACACAAUGCAUACAGUGGUACCUCGGGUUACAGACGCUUCAGGUUACAGACUCCGCUAACCCAGAAAUAGUACCUUGGGUUAAGAACUUUGCUUCAGGAUGAGAACAGAAAUCGUGCGGCAGCGGUGGGGCGGCAGCGGGAGGCCCCAUUAGCUAAAGUGGUACCUCAGGUUAAGAACAGUUUCAGGUUAAGAACAGACCUCCAGAACGAAUUAAGUUCUUAACCCGAGGUACCACUGUAUUACAUUUUAAUUGCAUUGUAAUUGCUUUUCUUAUUUCUUACAUUGCACUUCAUUUUAUUACGGUUCAAAUUUCACGGAAUUCAAAAUGUUAUACAAUGAAAUGCAGUGUGUAAGAAACAAAAGAAGCAGUGAAAACACAAUUGAGAAUCAUAAUGCAUCAUAGCUGCCGCUUCAGGCAGAAAAAUUGGUGAGUGGGCUGGCAAAACCCUCAGCAAAUUUCAAAUGCUCUGUGGGGCAGGGGGGAAAGUUUGGGAACUGUCCUUAUAGUCCUCAUGGGCAGACUCUUUGCAUGCGCUGUGGAAAGGGGCAUGAAACUUUUCCAGUGCUUGCUCAGCGAUAGGAUUUCACUGUGUGGACAUCUGUUGAAUCUCGAAUGGUUAUCUUUUGGCAGUCAUGUUCCUGACUAAGAAAAACAAAGAGAAGGACUUGGAACCGAAGAGUCAAGUAAUUGAGGGGAUCACACGCCUGAUCUGCACAGCCAAGCACCAAAACACCAUGCUCCGUGGUGAGUGGGCCUUUUCUGUGGCGGCUGAGUUGUUGUCCUUUUCUGAAUAGCCCUAGCCAGAGCUCCGUUCGCCUCGUGGCUCCGCCAGCGCUCUACAACAGGGUGUUCGCCAACCUAUUUGGAGAGAGUACAGUCAUUGUUACUUCCAGCCCUCACCUACCAACCUGGUACUGAUUGUGGAGAUCACACAAUAACGAUUUCACACUCACAUGCUGUUGAUGUUUUAAUAAAAGGGGAGUUUCCCCCCAGUACCAGGGGAAAUCUACUAGGUGGCUAAUAAUAGUAAUAAUUUAUUAACUGUACCCCUCCCAUCUGACUGGGUUCACUCUGGGUGGCUUCCAACAUACAGUGGUAUCUCGGUUUAAGAACAGCCCUGUUUACGAACUAUUCGGUUUACGAACUCCACAAAACCGGAAUCAGUGUCCCGGUUUGCGAACUUUACCUCGGUCUCAGAAUGGAAUCCGAACGGUGAAAGGGCACCGGCGGCAGUAGGCUUCAUUAGGGAAAGCGCGCCUCUGUUUAAGAACUGUUUCGGUUUAAGAACGGACUUCCGGAACGGAUUAUGUUCACAAACCGAGGUACCACUGUACUUAAAAGCUUCCCUAUACAGUACUGCCUUCAGAUGUCUUCUAAAAGUUAUAUAGUUGCUCAUCUCCUUGACAUCUGAGGGGAGGGUGCCACUACCAAUCCACACUCACUCAUUCUCCCUCUCUCUCACAGACCACACAUUCACUCAUACUUCUUUGUGUCUCUCUCACACACAUACCUCUCCUUUUCAGACCACACAUGCAUAUGCUCCGUCUUUCUCACACACAGACCACAUGUGCAUCUCUUCCUCUCUCACACACCUAGACAUGUGCAAGACUUUUCCAAGGGCAGCAGGGAGGCACAAGUACAACGCUGAAAGAGCAAGCAAAUUUCUCGCAAACCAUAGGCAGAAUGGUGUGUGCAUUUGGCUUCAUAUUGCACAUCCUAAAAACACUUCUUACUCUCUUUUUAAGUAGAAGAUGGGAAUCUGGGGCUUAAUGGAUCAUCCUGGGGGCACAGAAAAAGGCCUCCAGGGGCAGCACAGUGAAAGUUCGUAUAAGAAGGUUAGUGGAGAAUGUAGGCACAAUUCAGGCUGCGGGAUUAUUGCCUGAAUUCUCCACCAAUCUGUUACACCGUGGUAUCUGCAAGCCCUAAGUUAGCAACCUCUGGGCUUAACUUGAACGGCAUUUCCUCCUCCACCACCAGCACACAAGAGCCAGUGUGGUGUAGUGGUUAAGAGCGGUAGUCUCGUAAUCUGGGGAACCGGGUUCGCGUCCCCGCUCCUCCACAUGCAGCUGCUGGGUGACCUUGGGCUAGUCACACUUCUCUGAAGUCUCUCAGCCCCACUCACCUCACAGAGUGUUUGUUGUGGGGGAGGAAGGGAAAGGAGAUUGUUAGCCACUUUGAGACUCCUUAGGGUAGUGAUAAAGUGGGAUAUCAAAUCCAAACUCUUCUUCUUCAUCAUGUCUUGCUCUUCCCUGGAAGCCCCAGUUCAGCUUCUCUUCUGAACGCUUGCUUCCACACCUUCCCUGCUCCUGGCCUGAAUGUCCUUCCUCUCUUUUGCCUCCUCUCCUGCAGUUUGUAUUGACGGCAUCGAGUGGAACGAUGUGAAGUUUUUCCAGCUGGCCGCACAGUGGCCGACACACGUCAAGCAUUUCCCCAUCGGCAUCUUCGGCUACACAAAGAGCGCGUGAGGAUAAAGGAAAGGAAGCAGCCCGAGGCAACAGCCUCGGGGAGGACUUGGGCUCUGCCGUGCUGAACAGAGGAGGGACAAUCCAGCUCCUUGCUUCUGCCGAAGAUGACUGACUGGACUGGACUGGACUGCCUGAUGGCCCAGGGCUGGAGCCCUGAUCCGGCCAGGGCUCUCUUUGGCUCCAUUUGUUCUGUGCAAGGAGCAUCCCGAUUUGCUUUACGUCUCACCCAUGAGGUUUUUUUUUUGUUUUCGUUUUAGUUUUUAACGUGAACUUGGUCCUAGGAAACGGAAGGAAGGCACACACACACCUGCACCAUUCACAGAGCUUUCUCAGCCUGAACUCUUGAAGACUCGGCCGUAGGGCCAGUCUCCCUUGUUCCAGGAAUGAAAGAGGCCAGGGGGGAACUUGCACAGCUCCCCAACCAGCCGGCGGCUCGGGGCAGCUGGGGCUCUGUUCCCUCCCAUGCCUUGCCAUGGGCAAGAAAGGGGGUUUGCUCAGCCAGGCUCACCCCAUUGCAUUCUGGGCAAGCUGGACCUCUGCCCACAAGUGCCACUCUGCAGUGCCCGCCCCCAGUGCACAGAGGGCUCCUGGGAUCUUGGGUACCUUGCCAUCUUUUAACACAAAGUAGCUUUCCCCGUCUCUCCUAAAAAAUACUUGGCCCCUCCUGCUUGGAGUGGGUCUGGCACUGCUCAGCUUCUCAUGCCCCGAGGAGAUGCCAAGGCGGGAGUAUAGAAAGCAAGUGGUACAGAGAUGGCAAAAAGGAAAGGCAGGGGCAGCUCGUUUCUGCAGCAGGCAGCUGGUCCAGGUACGAGCUGCUUUGUGUAGUUCAAGACGUUGGCAAGACAAAAGGCUGGAGCUGCUGCGCUGUUGUUUGCUUCCCCCCAUUUGUCAGGGGGGAGGUGGCACAGGAGUGCCUCAGCCCAGGGCAGCGCUUGCCUCUGGGACCCGAUACAGAUCCACAGACGGCGGGAUUGCUCUGGUGCAGCAGAGCAAAGGGACUGAACCCUAGAACGGCUGGUUCUUUGCCACUUUAAAGCACAGUAGGCCGACCUCCAGGGCAAAAGGCGGGAGAAACUCAAAUGAGUGCCAUUCCAAUGGAAUAGGAAGGGGGAAGGGCCUUGCUAAAGCAGCACAGCUUCUAUAGGGCUGGAGGGGGAAGCCGAGGGGCUUCUUCACUAACCAAUCUGUUCUGGCUUUUAUUUGUGGGGGGCAGGGGGAAGUACAGAGAAAGCAGGACGAGAGAAAAAGAGAGUUGCGGCAGGGCAAGGCCCUCUUCUUGCAGGAUGUACUGCAGCUGUGUGUAAAACAGUGUGUGCUUUGAUUGCCGCAUUGCUGGGCCCUGCUAGGUAGGUGAAGCAAGAGGGGGAGCCAUUGCUCGCACAGCUGGGGGAGGCCAGGCCAGAGGCCCCUGGGGCCUGUGCCCCCGGGAAGGCUUUCUGGCCAAGGCGCUGUCUUGCGAUGGAGCACCAGCUUACACGCCAUGCACUCCAUUGACGGCCACUGCACUCACUGCAGCGCUCUCCUGAGCUCCGCAAGCCGGGCCGAGUUGCACCUUCGCGAGGCAGGUCUCUUGCAGAACAGGAUGUACGAGGAGGAACAAGUUCCUUUUAAAAAUGACUGACACACAGACACAGAUAUACACAUGGACACAUCCUAAAAUCCAACACGAGUACCAGAACGAGAGAGCCAGUAACUGCAGCAAAGGUGUCCUGAGCCUCGCCUUCCCGUGGCAGCUAUUUGUGCCUCUUUGCCCUCCUCUUCCCUGACGAGACCCGCCAGUGCCCCCCCCAACCCCUUCCCUUCUCUCUCCUUUUCUCAAAAACCAAGUGGACUCCAAGGCCCAGGCCUCCCUGCCUUCCUGGAGCUCCUUGUGUCACUAGAACUGCCAAACCAACCUUCCCCUGCCUUGAAAGUGUAUCCUACCGAACUCAAGAGACCUAAACUGUGGUAUUGCGCCUGCUCGUCGGACGCAGCUGCUCGAGGUUAGGAGAGCAGGGAUGGUGGGUUAACCCCAUUUUUUACAAGAUUCUAUUUUUGUUAAACUUAAUGUAAGGUUGCUUUCUGGAUUAAUUUUAAUAAAUUAAUGCUGGUACCAUUGUG